AAAGGGCGGUGGGGUUAGGAAGUGGUCUUUUGUUCUGUUGAAUGUUUUAUGUUUCGCACACUUGAAAACUUGAAGCUAUGCUCUCUGAUCACAGCUUUCAAAAUAUUUGACCCUUUUCCCUGGACCUGUAUUGAAUGUAGAAGAGAAUCCGAUGUGCCUUGUUGAUUUCAGGGGGAAAACCAGACAGCACACAGAGCCGAGAGAUGCACAGCGGCAGGAACGUCCCGCAGCCCGCAAAAAAAAGAAUAGAGAUCCAUUAGCUGGGACCUCCGUGAAAGCGGCCUUGGCAUUUUUUUCAGGUAAGGAUUGAUGGAGCAACAACUGUAAAUAUCAUUCAAAUCACAAUAAAAGGGGGCAACUCUCCCAAAGACCUGGAAACGUCCCACUAUCAGCUAAUUGUUCUAGGUUAAUCCUUGAUGAAUCCAAUUUUAAAGGAAGAGAGGCCAGCACUCCUGCUUCUCCUUUCCUUCCCUCUUCUGUUUUUAUAGCUGAGAACAGAUAACGCCAUCAAGACUCUCUGUACAUGUGCUGGGACACAUUGUUCUUUUUGUUGUUCCAUACAGGCCAGGUUAGUGUCUGUCUGGGAAGUACUGAGAGAGAAUCUCAUGUGGAAGGCACAAAGCAAGAUCUGCUGAUGUGGUCCUCACCCCCCCCCCAAAAAAAAGAAUCUGGUUGUUUAAAAACAGGAUGUGGUUUCUUUGGGGUAAAAUAAAGCCCUCUGCACAUACACUUAUGUGAAAAAGAGGGGUGAUCAUUUCAUCUGGCGAGCUCUUUGGGGUGUGACCCAAAGGGGAAGGCCCUUAGGCUGACUAAUCCCCUCCCCCCGGGGGUGGAGUCAUGGACGUUUGUGAUGAGUUUGUGGGUGCCGGACUCCUCUCUUCUCUGGAUCCAGCAAGUGCUAUAAGCUAAUCCAGCCAGGCUGAUCCUGAACCCCUGGAUCCAGCAAGGCUGGUUUCCUGCUGAAGUGAUUGCUUGGGUGAUGGGCUCUGAAGAGAACAAAGGAAAGGGGCCUCUGUGUAGGGUUGCCAUGUGUCCAGGAAAACCCGGACAUGUCCUCUUUUGGGGGGUCAACAUGCCCACCUGGGCAGAUUUUUACAUUUUAAAGGAAAUGUCUAGGUUUUGGAGUUGGUGGGCUUGGGCUUGGGCUGCUCUGCAGCCACUGCCAGCCUGAGCCAGGGAAAGAAGGGCCUGGGCGCUUGGGCUGGCAGUGACUUAGGCUGCCCCCUUUUUUGCUUCAACAGGGGCACCAACUAUAGGGGGCUCUGGGUGCCCGAGCAGCCACAAAAAUGUUGUUGUGGGUGCUCCUCACCCACACUGCAGGGCCCCUGCAGGGCACAACUCUGGAGAUGCUUUCAGAGGUCUCGGAACCCGACUUGCAAUGCCACCGGAAGUCAGGUGCCAAGGCUGGGUGGCACAGGCUUGACAUCAUGACAUCACAUGCACGGGCACCCAUAACCGGGGGCCCAAGUAGGCUCCCUGCUCUUCCAGAUAUGGCAGCCCUACCUGCGUGCCAGAUGCCAAAUGAGUGGGGUCCCUCCUUUAACUCUCAGACAGUUUGAAAAACAAAGCCUGAGUUUUAGAGCAAGGUUUGCAGUGAUGUGACCUAAAAAAAAGCAAAUCAGCAAGCAGAGGAUCAGAGAGCAAAGGCUUGAUUUCUGUGUGACUCCAAGGCUGCAGUUAUGGGAGAAGCAAGACCGUUUUGGGGUGCGGAUGCCGUGCACUCCUCCCUCGUAGGCUCAGGCUGUAUAGAUGUGUCAAUAAACCACAAGGACAUCACAGUCUCUGCUUUGCCUCAUUCCCAAAGGAAGUGCUUGGAAGCCCUGGCCUCUCACACGGCUCAGAGAUUGGGGUGGCUGGCAACAAGAAGAAGAACUUGCUGCUUCAGACCAAUUGCCCACCUAGUCCAGCAUCCUGUUCUCACAGUGGCCACCCAGAUCAUAUAAUCAUAGAGUUGGAAGGGAUCCCCAGGGUCAUCUAGUCCAACCCCCUACAAGGCAAGAAUCUCAGCUCAAGCAUCCAUGAUCUACUGGUAGAUCCCUGGCUGAUCCUAGUAGAUCGCGGGAUCCUUAUUGUGUGGAAAAAGUUAUGGGAAUAAAGCUAAAAAACUCUGUGUAAUCAUCCCCCAAAGAAGCUCAACAACUCUGGGUAAUCCACCCCCCCACGCUCCUCCUCCCUCCAGUGACAAGGGGUAGAUCACUGCCAGUUUUUUUCUACCAGGAGUAGAUCGCAGUCUCUUGGGAGUUGGACAUGCCUGCUAUGAAACAAUGACAGAAGUGGAGGUUUGCCUCCUUAUUUCGCAGUGAAGAUGGCUGGGCAUCUGUAGCACCCAAACUGUUCCAUGGCUUAUCCUUUAUUUAUUUUAAUUUUUCUUUUAAAAAUGUUCAAAUAGCUGUAACGUAUACAGAUAGUUAUCCUAUCCAGGAUUCCCCCCCCCCAGCUUGUUUGGCUCUUUCUGUAAACAUAUCUGAUAUGAGUUUAAGAAAACCAUUUUCUAAUGUCUGAAUUAGAGGCGUGGGAAAUUCCUCAAAUAAGGCUGAGCUUCCUUUGAUUGUUAAAGCACAAAGGAAAAGGCUGGAACUGCAGUCAAGUUCCUGUCUCUCUUUAACCCAUUCAUCUAGAUUGGAAAAACAGGCCCCAGCAUCACAGCUGCUUUGGGGUGCAGAAAAACAUUUUUGUUAGAGAAAUUACAAAUCAAGGUCCAGGCAGUGAAGUAAUAGCAAGGAGCGGCAUAUAAGGAGUCAGUGAGAAGAUUUCAUGAGCAAAGUUAGGAGGCUAAAAGGUUCAGAGAAAGUGCAUAUGGGUGUGUUCUGUAUAUAAUGCAUAUUGUAACAGGUAAAAAAGCAUGAGCUGUUGAAUAGUGUAGAAUAUAAUCCAAUUUUGGAGAUAAAUGCAUAGUUCAUGAUUAAUAUUUUUAUUUAUUGUUUUUUCAAUAGUGGCUUGUUGCUGAUUUUUUUCUCUAGAUCUACUUUUUAUAUUUUAUGAAUAUAUCAGGAAAAAAAAUUGAGACAAAAACUUCAUUUAAAAAAUAUGUUUUAAAAAACAAUAUUUAAGAAACAUGGUAUAUAGACGUCCAUAUUUAACACAGGGUUCCCUGUGUUUACUUUUCAAAAUGAAUGUGCUCAGCUUCACUCUAUUUGAUAAUUUCAAAGCAGCAUGAGGCCACUUUUAAAUUUCCUUGUUUUUCCCACUGCUUGAAUGAAUGCAGAACGUGUGAUGUGACUGUGUUUGCGAAGGAUGGUGAUUCCCAGGCCUCUGACCAAUCUCCUUCUGGCUUACCCCUGCCUGCCCAAAUCCUUCCUCCCACUGUGAUACGGAAUCUGACAGAUGGAAGGAGCUCAGCUUGUCUAGCACCAAUCUCUCGACAGGAUAUCCGGUGUCUAAUUUUCCUGUCCGGAGGCUGUUUCCGUAUCGCCGUAGGAUUCAGAUCAUGGAAAUAUAGCGGCAUCUUCUUAAGAAUCACCUGAAGGAAGGGGCCAGUGAAUAGAUCCCUGACCAAAUAACAGGGGUUUGGACAGACCCCCAGAGUCAGCCUGUCUCCAGCCCUUUAGAGAAUUCCACUCUGCCUUCUGAGCGCCUCUUCUCUCUCCACUCGGACCUUACCUUUGGCAAUGGCCCACUCUGCCAGACACUGCAGCAGCCACACACAGGAGAAGCAGAGGCCAGGCACGGACCUCUGGAUCUCUCAUUCUGCUGCACUUACUGCACGCUUGGUGUCUGAGGUGGGCUAAAAUUCCUCUUCAGUCCCUUCUGCACUAGAGGGUGCAUCACUCUCAUCCUACGGGCAGGACGUUACACCACCACAACUCAAAUGAAACAAUAAAAACAAACAUAGAGUAACUACCCAAACCUUCCCCAUGCUAGGGUGAAAGAUGGGUAUUCCUUGGGAGCAGGACCAACACGCAAGUCCACAGCAGAAUAACUGAAUUGCCAUUUCAAUGGGUUGGAUUCAGAGUCAUGCUGAGAGGUGACUCACUGAGGAGACUUGUCCCAUUCUUUUCAAUGGGCCUCUUCUCGGUGCUUAGCCACACUUCCUCUUGUUCUUCUGCUUUCCCCCUGGGGAAUCAGCUCUUGGGUUUUCUCUGGAUUGACAGGCCUGUCCACACUGCCGCUUGUCCUGUGCCUAGAAAGUGCGGGUCUGACCAGUUUCCCCCUUGCCCCAAUGCUUUCCCAGGGAAAACCCACACUUUAGUGCUAAAUCAGAACAAAUGUCAAUCCAGAGGAAACACAAAUUGCUCUUUGCUCUGAUUGAGCACUAAAGAGCGGCUUUCCUUGAGGGGAAAUAGGGAUGAGAGGAAGGGUGGAUGAGCGCCCACUGUUUAAGUCCAGUUACUAUUGUCCCCAGGGUUGUCGUAUAAAUGGCCUUCAAGCCAGGGCCAACUGUAUAUGAUGCUUAUGCUUAUACAAGCUUUCUAAAAGGCUGCCUAAGCUGGACAGUUUUAUUUGGAGGUCUCCCCUGCCCUUGUUGCAAUACACUGCUGUAAUCCUAUAUAUGUUUGCCUGGGAGUAAGCCCCAUUAACUCAUGCCUGAUACUUGUCAGGAACUGCACGCUUAUUUGUUCUCAGAUAAUGUGGUUUCUAGGUGUGGCAGGAUUAAGGUUUUGUCGAGGAAACUGCUUCAGUCUCUGCUGUUUGAGUUAUGUAAAUGUGGAACAAUCCACACCUGCACGACCCGCUUCCUCCAAGGCCUGGCUGCCUUGAUGUCUUUUCAGCAACUUUGCCGACAAUAACAGGAAAAGGGUUUUCGAAAGGUUAAUGAGCUGCAAUGAGUAGGAAGCAUCCUGCCAUUAGACUUUCUAGGACUCCAGUGCUUAGCCAAGUAUCCAGCUUUCACUUGCCCUAAGAACCUGGUGGACACUCUUUGUCUGUGCCUGAUGAUGUGCAGCUUAUGAGUGCAAUUUCAGGGCAGGCAGAAUCCCAGGGAGUCUCCAAGGGGCAGAGUGGAAGGAACUGGGUCUUUGUCUCAGUUCUGGAAAAGGGAAACUGGGGUGUCUUCCCUCCCACCUCCUGCCUCCCUCAGCAUGGGAGCUGCUGGGGGGAGGGUAAGGGAGAAGGACUGAGUGACUGAGUGAGUAGAUCUAAGAUCUGCAGGAUGUUCAAGGGGUGCUUGCUGACCCACUUAUUCAAUAUUAUAUUGUCUCCAAAACAAUGCACUUUAAAAGCAUAUCCUAUAAUAAUAGUAAUAGCUACAAUGGGGCCAGGGCCAGCUGUUCCCUUACCGCCCCUGCCUCCUAAGCCGCCUUGCUUUCUCCCCAGCUAUAGCUCAGUCCUAAGGCCAAGUGACAUGAUUUGGGGAGUUUGCCAGGGGGAAGGGAGUAUUCCAGUGCUAUUCCCCCCCCCAACCGCUGUUAGGAUUGCUUCAAACAUCAAAGAAAUUCGAGGGCAGGUGCUUGUAAAAUAAAUAUUAGGGAAAGAGAAUGUUGGUUUUUCUGUUUCUAAUUAUUCUAAUCUUAAACUCAGUUUACCUCAUUUCUGCAUCACUUUGUGCAUUUUCAUGCACAUUUCUUCCUAAUACACAAUUUUGUAUUAUAUAUAAUAUUUGAAAGUGAUUUCCCCUAUUAAUCUGCAUUUUUGUGUUUUGUUUCCAAAAAUAUAUGCAUCUUUAUGUGUAGUUCCCACAAUAUACAUGUAUUUGUACACAAAAAUGUGCAUAUUCUUUCAAGCCCCCCCUUUUAAAAAAUGCUCCUGGUAUUUGUUUAGCAAAUGCAUGAAAGUUUCCCUUUUUUAUUUUUAACCUGAACUUGUGUUAAAACUUUCCCCUGUAGUCCACUCUUGUGCAUGAGUGGGGAACCUGUGGCCUCUCAGACACCAACAGUCCCCAACCCCCAGUAUCCCUGACCAUUGGCUAUGCUGGCCAUUAAGAGGGGGGGUACAUACAUUAUAAAUAACAAAUGGCAAUGGCACCUCAAAAUGCACUGUUUUUGAAACUUAACAGUACCAUCCUGUCCAUACUACUCAGAAGCAAGCUCCAUUUAACUCAGCAAGACUUACUCCCUGGUUAGUGUACACAGCAGGGGUAACUAACCUUCUGGUAUGACAUGGGUGGGUGUGCCUUUGAUUGGAAGAGCCUUGCACAAGCAAACGUCCCCCUCCCCAUAAAUGAUUUGUGCAAGUAUGAAGGGAAGAGUUUAUAGCGGAAUCAGCUACACUGGCAAAGAAAAAGUGCUUUAUAGGCAUUGUUCAUGCAUUCUAACACUAUGACACCAGAUGGCGCUGUGGAGUUCCGUUUUUGCCAACCCAAUUUCUCAUACUGUACAAAGUUUGCAAUGCGAUUAACUUAAAUGCUUCUUUGCUGUGUCUAGAUCCAGCCGGCCUCCUCUCCACUCAUCCAAAGCCAGAUCUGAUGAGCAGGGAGGGACUUCUUUGCAUCUGCAUCUAAACCUCCCCCCUCCAAGCACUGGGUCUUUCUUUUUUCUUUUUGCUCCGGCUGCUGCCCCAAACCAUGGAGUUUUGGGCAGUCAGAAAAGUUUGCAGGGGUGUGUGUGUGUGCAUCAGGCACUGGGCAUUCCCUCUAAAUCUGAAAUUGCAUUCCUAACCCUGUGUGUGUGUCAAAGCCCCAAGCGAACUCAGUCCAUGUGCAGAGAAGUCACUGCUAUGCCCCAUGCAAAGGGCAGAACAACUGAGCUGCUGUUUCUGCCGUGUCUGGAACUGGAGUCUCCCACUGAUGACUGCUCUCCUGUCCCAGCACACUGAAGCAGGAAAUACGUCAAUGCCUGCUUUUUAACCUCUAAAUCCUUAUUACCGCAAAAGUUGACACUUCAAUCCUUAAUAAUUUUUGCUGUUGCUGUUUAUAUUAAGCUGCUUUAUCUGUAAAGGUCAGCGCAGAUUUGCUCUCAUUCUCACAGCUUCUCCCCUUGAUUCUUGCUUUGUGUAGGGUUUUGUUUCUUACAAGUCAUAAUAAGCUGUAUCAUACCCUCCAACAUUCCUCAGAUGAAAAUAGGGACAUUUCUCACUCCCCCUCCCAACUGAUCCUCUUCAACCCCCUGUUUUUGUGCCCCUUCCCACAGAGCAUUUCCUAUCAGAAGAAGGGUGAGUGCCCCCAUCCCGACGUCAACGGGACACAGGCCCUCCACCAUCCUGAGAAAAACCCAUAAUCCCAAUUUUAUUUUACUUUAUUCUUUGGUAGAUUGACAAAAAGAAAAACACACACCAAUAAGCAACUUUUAGAAAGGGGCAAGAUUAGAUGUGGAUGCACAAAGCAUUUAUUUUUAGAUCAAGACUCCUUCCACUCCUCUCUGCCCCCUUUCUUCCUGCCUAAGGGGGGCCUGCCCUCUGUCUGCCCCACAGAGCCCCCUGCUUGGGGGGGGGGGUCCUGCAUUGGACUCGCAGCUGCCUGAUGACCAAGCGCCACAGAAAAGUGAGGAGCCAGGAAACAGCCCCUUCCCUUGCCUUGCAAGUGCCUCAGGACCACAAGACCUCAAAAACUGCCUCUCCCCUUCCUUGUUUCCCUCCUCCACGUGAGGUCUGGAGGGUGGCAACACGAGAACGGGGCCUUUCUGCAGUGGCUCCCUGCUUGUGGAGUGUUCUCCCCAGGGAGGUUCGCCUGGUGCCUUCCUUAUAUAUGCUUAGGCGCCAGGCAAAAAUGGGAUUGUGUCUGCAAGAGAGUUCUGUGCAGGGAGCGCUCUCUCUCUCACCCCACUGCGCAGCAGCUGAUGCACAGAGUUCCUGCUUUGCACAAUGCGACAGAAAGUUAUCAGGCGCGUUGAAAGCUGUGCAAGAGACCUUUGCAGGCCUCCCAAUCCGCAGGGCCUACAAAGCCCCUUUACGCCAAGCCCUGCCCUUUCCUGCCCACACCUGACAUUGUGCAUGACAUCAAGUGUGGGCUGGCUGGGUGUGGCCUGCCCAGAAUGACCUCUGGGGCCAGAUGGGGAGGUUCCCCAUGGACUGGAGGUUCCUGGCCUCUGGUAACACCUAAAAUAAUGAUUUUUUUAAAAAUAACUGAACUGAAAUUUUGGGCAUCAUAUUUGGAUUUGUUUUCAUUUCUUCCUCUGGUUGUUGUAUAAUUUUUAAAUAUUGCUCCAUCCUUAUUCUGAACUAGAAUUAAUUUGAACCAUUUUUAUGUAUCUGUGAUUGUCCUUAUUGCUCAAUUAAAAUGCCUUACUUUUAUGAGAAAUAUAUUGUGCUUUAAUAGUACAUGGGAAUUAUUUUAAUCAUAGGAAACUAAUCUGUUGAUAUUUUGAUACUGGAGUGAAACUAUGGGCUAUUAUUACUCAACCAAUUAAUAGUGCCAUUGACAGAGCAACCCUUGUUGUUGUUGUUUAGUCGUUUAGUCGUGUCCGACUCUUCGUGACCCCAUGGACCAGAGCACGCCAGGCACUUCUGUCCUCCACUGCCUCCCGCAGUUUGAUCAAACUCAUGCUGGUAGCUUCGAGAACACCAUCCAACCAUCUCGUCCUCUGUCGUCCCCUUCUCCUUGUGCCCUCCAUCUUUCCCAACAUCAGGGUCUUUUCCAGGGAGUCUUCUCUUCUCAUGAGGUGGCCAAAGUAUUGGAGCCUCAGCUUCAGGAUCUGUCCUUCCAGUGAGCACUCAGGGCUGAUUUCCUUCAGGAUGGAGAGGUUUGAUCUUCUUGCAGUCCAUGGGACUCUCAAGAGUCUCCUCCAGCACCAUAAUUCAAAAGCAUCAAUUCUUCGGCGAUCAGCCUUCUUUAUGGUCCAGCUCUCACUUCCAUACAUCACUACUGGGAAAACCAUGGCUUUUACUAUACGGACCUUUGUUGGCAAGGUGAUGUGUCUGCUUUUAAGAUGUUGUCUAGGUUUGCCAUCGCCUUUCUCCCAAGGAGCAGGCGUCUUUUAAUUUCGUGACUGCUGUCACCAUCUGCAGUGAUCAUGGAGCCCAAGAAAGUAAAAUCUCUCACUGCCUCCAUUUCUUCCCCUUCUAUUUGCCAGGAGGUGAUGGGCCCAGUGGCCAUGAUCUUUGUUUUUUGAUGUUGAGCUUCAGACCAUAUUUUGCGCUCUCCUCUUUCACCCUCAUUAAAAGGUUCUUUAAUUCCUCUUCACUUUCUGCCAUCAAGGUUGUGUCAUCUGCAUAUCUGAGGUUGUUGAUAUUUCUUCCGGCAAUCUUAAUUCCGGCUUGGGAUUCAUCCAGCCCAGCCUUUCGCAUGAUGAAUUCUGCAUAUAAGUUAAAUAAGCAGGAGACAAUAUACAGCCUUGCCGUACUCCUUUCCCAAUUUUGAACCAAUCAGUUGUUCCAUAUCCAGUUCUAACUGUAGCUUCUUGUCCCACAUAGAGAUUUCUCAGGAGACAGAUGAGGUGAUCAGGCACUCCCAUUUCUUUAAGAACUUGCCAUAGUUUGCUGUGGUCGACACAGUCAAAGGCUUUUGCAUAGUCAAUGAAGCAGAAGUAGAUGUCUUUCUGGAACUCUCUAGCUUUCUCCAUAAUCCAGCGCAUGUUUGCAAUUUGGUCUCUGGUUCCUCUGCCUCUUCUAAAUCCAGCUUGCACUUCUGGGAGUUCUCGGUCCACAUACUGCUUGAGCCUUCCUUGUAGAAUUUUAAGCAUAACCUUGCUAGCAUGUGAAAUGAGUGAAAUUGUGCGGUAGUUGGAGCAUUCUUUGGCACUGCCUUUCUUUGGGAUUGGGAUGUAGACUGAUCUUCUCCAAUCCUCUGGCCACUGCUGAGUUUUCCAAACUUGCUGGCAUAUUGAGUGUAGCACCUUAACAGCAUCAUCUUUUAAAAUUUUAAACAGUUCAGCUGGAAUACCAUCACUUCCACUGGCCUUGUUAUUUGCAGUGCUUUCUAAGGCCCAUUUGACUUCACUCUCCAGGAUGUCUGGCUCAAGGUCAGCAACCACACUACCUGGGGUGUACGAGACAUCCAUAUCUUUCUGGUAUAAUUCUUCUGUGUAUUCUUGCCACCUCUUCUUGAUGUCUUCUGCUUCAGUUAGGUCUUUACCACUUUUGUCCUUUAUGAUGGUAAUCUUUGUAUGAAAUGUUCCUUUCAUAUUUCCGAUUUUCUUGAACAGAUCUCUGGUUCUUCCCAUUCUGUUGUUUUCCUCUAUUUCUUUGCAUUGCUUGUUUAAGAAGGCCUUCUUGUCUCUUCUUGCUAUUCUUUGGAAAUCUGCAUUCAAUUUCCUGUAUCUUUCACUAUCUCCCUCGCAUUUUGCUUGCCUUCUCUCCCCCGCUAUUUGUAAGGCCUCGUUGGACAGCCACUUUGCUUUCUUGCAUUUCUUUUUCAUUGGGAUGGUUUUAGUUGCUGCCUCCUGUAUAAUGUUGCGAGCCUCCACCCAUAGUUCUUCAGGCACUCUGUCCAGCAAAUCUAAAUCCUUAAACCUGUUCCUCACUUCCACUGUGUAUUCAUAAGGGAUUUGGUUUAGAUUGUAUCUUACCUGUCCAGUGGUUUUCCUACUUUCUUCAGUUUAAGCUUGAAUUUUGCUAUAAGAAGCUGAUGAUCUGAGCCACAGUCAGCUCCAGGUCUUGUUUUUGCUGACUGUAUAGAGCUUCUCCAUCUUUGGCUGCAGAGAAUAUAAUCAAUCUGAUUUCGAUGUUGCCCAUCUGGUGAUGUCCAUGUGUAGAGUCGUCUCUUGUGUUGUUGGAAAAGCGUGUUUGUGAUGACCAGCCUGUUCUCUUGACAGAACUCUAUUAGCCUUUGCCCUGCUUCGUUUUGAUCUCCAAGGCCAAACUUGCCAGUUGUUCCUUUUAUCUCUUGAUUCCCUACUUUAGCAUUCCAAUCCCCUAUAAUGAGAAGAACAUCCUUCUUUGGUGUCACUUCUAUAAGGUCUUGUAAGUCUUCAUAGAAUUGGUCAAUUUCAGUUUCUUCAGCACCAGUAGUUGGUGCAUAAACUUGGAUUACUGUGAUGUUAAAAGGUCUGCCUUGGAUUCGUAUCGAGAUCAUUCUAUCAUUUUUGAGACUGCAUCCCAGUACAGCUUUCGCCACUCUUUUGUUGACUAUGAGGGCCACUCCAUUUCUUUUACGGGUUUCUUGCCCACAGUAGUAGAUAUGAUAGUCAUCCGAACUGAAUUCGCCCAUUCCCGUCCAUUUUAGCUCACUGAUGCCCAGGAUGUCAAUAUUUAUUCUUGCCAUCUCAUUUUUGACCACAUCCAACUUACCCAGGUUCAUGGUUCUUACAUUCCAGGUUCCUAUGCAAUAUUUUUCUUUACAGCAUUGGACUUUCCUUCUGCUUCCAGGCAUAUCCGCAACUGAGCGUCUUUACGGCUUUGGCCCAGCCGCUUCAUCAGCUCCGAAUCUACUUGUACUUGUCCUCUGCUCUUCCUCAGUAGCAUGUUGGACGCCUUCCGAUCUGAGGGGCUCAUCUUCCAGCAUCAUAACUUUUAUAUGCCUGUUGUCUUUGUCCAUGGAGUUUUCUUGGCAGGGAUACUGGAGUGGCUUGCCGGUUCCUGCUCCAGGUGGAUCACGUUUGGUUAAAACUCUCCACUAUGACCUGUCCAUCUUGGGUGCCCUGCUCGGCAUAGUUCAUAGCUUCUCUGAGUUCUUCAAGCCCCUUCGCCACGGCAAGGCAGUGAUCCAUGAAGGGGAGAGCAACCCUAGGCCUGUGUAAGCAGAAGUAACCUCAAACGAUUUCAGUGAAACUUUCCCCAGCUAAGUGUGUGCAGGAUUGCAGCCUCAUAGUUUGUUCAUAGGAAAUACAAUCCUGACCUACAAUAUAAUCAAUAAUAUUUAUCAUCCUUUUAUCUCAGUUUCAGCAUAGCAUUUACUCACAAAGGAAUGAAUAUGGAAAAAAUGUUUGCAGGAAAAUCUGAACUGGAGCCAACAAAUGUAUCCCAGAUCUAAUCAGAUCUUUCCUGUAAAAUUCCCAAGAAUAUGUAAUUCCAUUGAAUCUAGUUUCCAUAUGCAUUCCUGUUGGGGAAACAAAGUAUGUAUCAUUGACAACAAAAUAUGUCUGGGUUUUUUUUGUUCUCAUGUUUUAAUUUUGUUUAAAUCUGCCCCAAGAACCAUUUUAAUGAAAGAGAGAACAAUGAUCACACAAUUUCCACUAGUCCAGUUGUGAAACUUUUUUUAAGAAUGAAAGAAAGGCGGAGAGAAUACUGAAAGCAAAGGGAGCCCCAUGAUUCCAUCUCUGCUACUUACUGAUGACACAACCAUCUCCAUACGAGUUGGCAGUGAGGGCCGUCAGCUUCACGGAGUGGUGCCCAGAAGUCAGCCCCACCACCCAUGGGGAGAGGCCAGAGCUCUCCCCUCUCCCCAGAGGGAGUGGCCAACGGUUCUUUCUAACCAAUGAAAGACACAGUCAUUUUUAUUUUGUUUUUAUUGCCUGGUAGGUCAUAUUUCCCAGGUAAGCAUCCUAAGGCACCUUGGGGCUUUGAAGACUUGGUGGGAGAUACCUGAGAUACAGGAUUCCUUGGCUUGCAGGAAAUGGUAGUGGCAGGAGACCAGUGCCCCGUCUUGCAGGGCUCACCGGAUCAAACGCUUCUGGCUACAAAAAAUGCCCUGGACGCUGAACACUGGCGUGUCGGGGAGAAGAGGAGGCUUGACACUUUAUCCCUGACUAAACAGCUGCAGCAACUGCUAAGUACAUGGAGGGGGUUGUCUGGGUUGGGUUCCCCAUUAUUUUAAUUCUUGGCCUUGGAAAAGGGCCUGGAGGUGGGAAAGGUGCAGCGACUGCCCAAUGACCCAGGUAAGGAAGGCUUCUAGGGGCAGCUUUCUGGAAAGGGUUACAGUACACACAGGUUCUGCUAGAUGAACACAAUGCGUUCUCAGGAAAUGGUUUGUUAGGCAAGCAUUCACACAACAAGUCAAUGAUUUCCAUUCAUUCCUAUGGGGAAAUUUCUAAUGCAUUCCUGACCCCAAAUUUUGACGCCAAAGGACAGAAACCCUGCCCAGAAAACUCCAGGAAAACCCCCUGAAACCCUGCAGAAGGCAAACAAGGAAGGAAAAAAAAAUUUGUCUAAUCUCUUCCCCCACCCCCAGUUUCUGGUAAAACAGCUGUCACGGAUGAUUAAAACAUAAAGAGUAAGGCUUGUUUAAGGCUGCUUGUUUUUUGUUUUUGUGUUUUUUACAGUACUACACACACACCUGACUUUCUGGAUAUCUGAAUCUGUGGUGUGCAAGGUGAGGUUUGGGCGCUACUUCCUUGUGUUUGGAUAAGGGACUUUUCAUACAGCAAGUGCUAGUGGGACUCUUGUGUUCAUUCCUGCUUCCUGCUUGCACUAAAUGACAGGGCUUUAACAGCAACUUUAAAAAAGAAAUGCUGCUAUAUAUUAUUGUGCCUUCCCCAUUGCUGUGAGAGAAUUAAACUAUGCCAACAAUAUAUUAGUUCUUAAUUUAAAUAUUUGGCAUCAUGCUUAGAAGCAAAUCUGGCAAUAGAAGUCCUCCUUAGCUAUGCUUGGAGACAAGGCAAGGCUGAAGCUUUUCUGUUGGCGUUUUCUCAUCCAUUUCUUUGGUACCAAAAACCCCAAACAAACAAACAUGACAAAUGCGUCUCUCAGAAGUAAAAUGCCUGUGGAACAUGUUCGCCUGCUUGCUCAGAUAAAAUAAACUGAAAAGCUUAGAUCAGGUGAAUGGCAUCAGGAAAUAACUUCGACAAUCCCACUGAACAGACAGUGAAAUUCAACUUCCUCCCUUGCCCAGAUCCUGCCUGCGCAGCAACGCGCAGCUCACUUUCUUUAACUUGCUGCCUUGGGCAUGACUUCCUUUCAGUAAGCAAGAGCCCCGGACUGCGCAGGGAAGGAGAUGUCCACAGAUCCCAGAUCUGCAUAGGAGGGCUGAGUCCAGAGAAAGCUGAUCAGGUAAAAAAGCAGGAAUGUAUCUUAUGUGCCUUGAGAAGGAGGAAAGACAUCAGAUUGAGGGGAACCCAAGAGAAAGCUGUAGCAUCACUUUACUAGGCUCUCUCCAGGAGGAAAGAUGAAAAGUCUGAGUAGUGUCUGAAUAGAGUAUUUGCUCAUUGGGAACCAUUUGUCAACCCCAGGUCACGGAGUCUGAAAUCUACGACAAACGAACUUACCUAGAGAUAAGUCUCACUGAACUUAUUGGGACUUGUCUGGGCAGCCAACCCUAGACUUGCUCUGAGAUUGUUUGCUUUAUAAGAAGAGCUGGAUUAAGGGGGAGCAAUAGUCUUGUUUUUCUCUGUGAAUGAAUCCAAAACCAACUUUGAAGACACAGCUAGUAGAUUUUUUGGAGAAGAGACACUGCUUUGAAUGGUAUGUUUUGGGGGGAAAGAGGAAAGGCCAACAUUAAUUCCAUGAAAACAUCAAUCUACAGACCCAUUUUUCAUUUUCAUAUAUAGUUAAAGUGUUGUGCAUCAUUUUAAAGAAAAUAUAUAUAUGGCAACAGAUUUUCAAAAUGGCAAUUUACACAUGAGUAAAACAAUCAGAAGUAUGACACACAAGAUAACUCAGAACUUCUCUAAUUGUUUCCUAAAGUUCAGUUAAAGACCUCUCCAGGAAAACAGAUAAUAGGUUAAUGACACUUUAUCGUUUUGAUAAUAUUUCUCAUUUGAUGAACUGAAAAUACAUUUUAUCCUAGGAGCAGAAUAAGAAGACCUUCAGAUAACAAAAUUUAUGUUGGGCAUGCCUGUUACAUUGGUCACAAAAACAUGCACCUCCUCUGCCAACAAAUGAAAAGAAAAAUCUACAUGAUUUACUUUUAUCUGAGAGUCAUAACCUUAAGCAAAUAUGAUAAGAUGUUACCUGAAACUUUUUUACAUGCACCAUUUCUUGUGACCAACAUAACAACACAAUGAGCAACUUGAGUAGCAUAAAUGUUCUAUCGAGUGUGUUCACCACAUGCCAGAAAUCAAGAAGCCAGGAUUCUUGUUGCUCAAAAAUGAAAAUCACAGGAAAUUCCAACAGUAUCGGACUGGCAAGUUAAACUUUUUGAGUAUAUAGAAUUGGCCAAAAUGACCUAUAAAAUCCGAGAUCAAAAAGGGUCAAAGUUUGAGGAAGAAUGGGGGAAAUUUGUUGCUUAUAUAAAGAUAAAUUGCAGAAGUUUAAAAACUGUAGCGGGUCUGACAUAAAUCACGUGAUGUGCACAAAAAGGGAAUAAGAAUAAGAAUCUGUAGGAGAAGAUAUGUAUUAAGAAAGCUGAUGUGGGGAAGGAGGGAAGUCAAGGCGUGAGUAUGCACUUUGUAAAGAAGACGGUACAAAAUAUUGAUUUUAAAAGAUUGCUUUAUUUCUCUUUUUGUUUUUUUAUUUUUAUAAUUUGUAUCAUGUUUUUCUUUAUUCUCUUUUGUUUGUGAAAAUUAAUAAAAAGAAUUAAGAAAAAAAGAGUGUGAUAAUAUAAACUGUGGCAGGAGGUAGCAGCAGCAGCAGCAGCAGCAGCAGCAGCAGCAAGCUCUGCCAUUCCUCCAGAGAGCUUAGGUGCCCUUCAAUAUUGCAGCAAGAGAGAGCAAAAGGGCUUCUAGAUUUCUUUGUGAGGAUUAUGCUGAACUUAAUUCAGCAAAUGAAACUAGUGGAGGAGAGGGGUUUCCGGUCAUAGUCUUUCCCCCCAAAUCAGAUCUGCCUCCUGUGCUUUGAGCAUCACUUGAGCCCAGACUCUUACUUAUCCCCAACGACCUUUUGCCCCCUGCUUCCUAGGCACAGCUCCACACUUUCCCAGCCUGUGUCUGAGCGCUUCUCGCCAGGGGCGUAGGAAGGGGGGUGCGGUCCGCCCCGGGUGUCAUCCUUGGGGGGGGGCACUUACUGAGGGGCUUGGCCUGCAGUGUUCCUGAGCCAUACGUCUCUCCAGGGAGUGCCGCAGUGGCUUGGGGCCCAGCGCUGCCCUCAUGCACAGAUUGCCCCGUCCCACCCCCCCACCGGUUGCCAGAGCAGCUAGGUAUGCCCCUGCUUCCUGCCCCACCCUGUUUUCCCCAGGAAAACCCACUCUUUAAUGCUGAAUUGGGACAAACAGCAAUUCAGGGUUUCUGUGGAAUUGUUUUCAGUGGUAAAAAGUGGGAUUUCGCAGGGAAAGCAGAGAUGCAGAGCUUUAAAGCGUGGACCUAUGCCUAGAAACAUGGCACAAAAGGACGUCUGGAAGAGCCCCGGGGAGGAGCCACAAGUGUCCCACAAGCACCAAUUAGUUUCCGUAUUGCAACAAUUACAGUUAAGCUGCAGCUCCAGGCGACGUGUCAGUUAGACUCAGAGGUGGAUGUAGAGGAGCGUGAACUGUUUGGUCUCACGGGGUGCAGAGCCUCACAGGUGCCAAACUAGAAUGGGAGGUGGGGGGGGGGCGCUGCAUUUUGGUGUUGUCCAGGGCGCUGCUAAAAUGUGAGAGCCCAAGGUCCACCACUGUCAGGCUGCUUUGCAGAGAGAGAUAUGGGGCUCCCUCAUCAUCACAGGGCACUACUGGUCUCCUCCACUGACUGGCUUUCUUUCCCCCCUCCGCUUGCAUCACAUUAGUUUUCUAGAGCCACUUCAGUCUGGUUUCUGGCCUGGUUUUGGCAUCAAAAUAGCUCUAGUUGCUCCGAUGGAUGCCUUACACCAGACAAGAGUCAGUGUCCCUCGGAGUUCUUCUGGACCUCUUGGUGGCUUGCGAUACCAUUGACCAUGGUCUUCUGCCCGACUGGCUCUCGGAGGCUGGUGGCAGUGAGUUGCAGGGGUGCUGUUUCUCCCUGGGCUGAUGGGAUCCAGAAGGGGGCUCUGGGGUGCCUUGAGUUAAUGCUAUGGGAUCCUGUCCCCCAUGUUGGAAGGCUUUAAAGGGAAGAAGGAUUACAAACAGGGAGAUUGUAAAAUAAGAAAAGGAAUUUGCCACAGAACAGCAGCAGCGGCAUAAUGAAGGAACAGUGUGUAUAUAGGAUUCUUAAAAAACAAACAUGCUAACUUUCUCUACAGCCUAUUCUUUAUAGGACUGACUCUUUAGAAGGGAAACUAUGUUAAUUUUAUUCAAAAAUAAUAAUAGAAUAUCAUAUUUUGAUUUCCUUGUAGGUUCUACAGCAACAAAACAUGGAAAAAUUGCUGCCUUGGAAGAUAACAAUGUUCUGUACCCUCAUAGUUGUGAGCACAGCUUCCCAAAAUUUUAAUUUUGGCUCGUUCAUCCAUUCACCUGUGAGUAAUGUUUACUGUGUGUAGCUUCACAGUUAUGUAUGAGCACAUGGCUGUUCUUUCAAUGCAGAGACACUCUGGAAAGCAUGGCAGGGUUGGCCAGAGCUUUCCUCCUGUGGCUACACUGCUGAAGCCAGCCAUACCACAGGGGGAAGGAGCGGAAGAGCCCCUGCAGAAACCGUAUCAGGACUUGAGGUGGCCAACCCAAUUCACCCCUGUGGCUUUCUGACUCCUACUCCAGAGAGCUCUGAAAAGGCAGAGGCCCACAUUUCUUCAGAUCUUGCUUCUUUCUGAGCACACUCUGACUUUCAAGACUAUCGGUUCACUAGGGAUGAGUGGGUUUAGCUCUUCUUGGAACCCCUUCCCCCCACUGUAUUGCCCUUAACCAAUUUUCCUAAUGUUGUGAUGUUGUGGGUGCAUCUCUUUCAGAUUUACAGCAAAAGUAACGGAGGAGAGGAACAGAGAGAGUUGCACAGGCAGAAACGGCAGGGUACGUUAAUACUUCUCAACAGUGUGUUUUGCCUGAAGGCAGAAUCUUUGUUCUUAGAUAUGCAGUCAGGGUACUCUGGCCUGAACACAAGAAAUCCUUUUCAUCAUGAAAGUAUUCAGAUGAACUGUUUGCUAAGAGCAUAGUACAAUUCAGCGGAAGAAUGGAAGCAUCAAAGAUGAACAGGUUUAUGCGUGGUUAUUUUAACUUUAACAAUACUUUCCACCAGUUUCCCCCAAACAGACACUGAGCUGACUGACUUGUAAUUUCCAGGAUCCCUUCUGGAUCCCCUAAAAAAAAAAAAAAGGUGUUCCAUUGGCCGCUUUCCAGAUCUAGAACUGUCAUCGCUUUGUCAUGACUGGAUUGUUGGGGGGAAAGUGGGGUUUAAUACCCAACCCACAACAGUGGUACCUCGGGUUACAUACACUUCAGGUCACAGACUCUGCAAACCCAGAAAUAUUACCUCAGGUUAAGAACUUUGCUUCAGGAUGAGAACAGAAAUCGCGUGGCGGCAGUAGGAGGCCCCAUUAGCUAAAGUGGUGCUUCAGGUUAAGAACAGUUUCAGGUUAAGAACAGACCUCCAGAACGUAUUAAGUUCUUAACCCGAGGUACCACUGUACUGUAGUUCAGGCUGGACAGCUAAAAGGAUCCAGACUCCAACUGUCAGUCAAAAGGACAUUUAUAUGGGCAUUGCAAAUCAAUGUGAGACAACCUCAACCAGCAAGUAGCUGAGGGGUGAAGCCUUUACAAAUUCUCCAACAGGAACACCUCUGUAGCCAGUCUCUGUGAGGAUACCAGUUAACACCACCCAAUACCACAACAUUUCCUCCUUUGGACAUUUCCUUGAUUUCAUUUAUCAUCUCAAUAUCUCCUUUAGCAUUUUCAUCGAGAGAAUGAUAGCAUGUCCUCGUUACUAAAUUAUUAUCACCCAAACUGAUUCUGUGACAGAGUCUGCCUUUGGGGGAUUCCUGGUUUGCUGGACUCACUGUCUUUGACAUACAGAAAGAGAUAUGUCCUUCUCUGUCCUUCCUAUAGCGCUUAUAUCCAGAGAUAACGGUGUCCUAUUGGUUGUCUCCAUUUUCCAUUGUGUCCACUAUGUUGAUGUCAUCUUCUAAGACCAAGCACUCCAGUUCACCCAUCUGGGCUCAGCGUCUUCUAGCAUUAGCAUCCAGUGUCUUUGGCACUUGUGUUUCGGCCAGAGGUAUUUUGGCCUCUCUAAAUUGCUAUCCUGUGCCUCUGCAAUCAUUAUUUUUAUGGGGCUUUUAUGGGAUUUUUAUGCCUCUCUCAUUUGAAUCAUCAUUUUAAAAAUUUUCAUCCAAGGGCUGAAGGAUCUUGGCUCACCCACAUGAGAGAGAGAGGAGAAUGAGAAUGGAAAUGAACACAUUCAGGCUCAAAACCUUGGAAAUUUGUUGGGACAAGGAGAAAGCCAGCAGCCCCCUGGUCCACAAAUGUAUUCUCAGGCGAGGCCUCCUUGUUCCUGAGCCUGAGGCUAUCUUACGUAUAGAGAGAUAUAAACGAUUUGUGAGACUGAAACAGGGAGUUUCUGAUUGGUAAUUAUAACAUGUCUAACUUAUCAAAUUGUUUUCCAGAUGUGACAUUAGGCAUCUCACCUGUAGAAUACACGGUUGCUGUUGAGAUAAGUCUUCCAGAUUCCUCCCUCCUGGAGGCCCUCAGAAGUUAUUUAAACAGCCUUAGCUUCCCAGUCUCAGUAAAUGCUUCUGAUUCAGCUGUGAACAUUUCAAGCAUUGAUGUCACCACAGGUGGGUUAUAUGUCACUAGUUUCCACUUUUUUAAUUGGCUUUCUCUGGUUUUAGGUUUUUGUUUUGUUUUUAAGAAAAGGGGGAAAAGUCCAAUGAGAAGAGGAUAGAUUUAAAAAAUAUCUGAAUUAGACUAAAUGUAGCUGGCAUUUUGUGAUAUUUCCAGAGUAAUUUACAGCUGUACUGUAGGGUUUUCUACAUUGUAAAAAGAGAUGGCGAGCUCUGCUACUACAGUUUUAGUCAAUAUUAGAGAAACUGUCCAACUGUCUGGUCAAAUAAUGCUGACAACUUUCAAAGAACUAUUUGUGCAGUGUGAAUGUCAUGCACAGAGAGAAUUAUAAUUAGGAAGUAGACGUUGCUCAGCAAAAUGCCCUGUCUCACCUGCACCCUUCCUGUUUCAUGCUUUUUUACCUUAGUGUGCACCUCAGGUGGCCCCCAGGGCACCCACUGUUCUUGUGAGUCGGGCUAUGAAUGGCCGGCCAGCGCAUGCAGAGCUGCUCCAGCUUGUCCCAGUGCUGCGCCGGCAGGAGAGAGCUGCCCCUGCCUUGUCCAGCGCCCUCCUCGGGGGACCUACUGUCAACCGCAAUCUGCAGGUAGGAGGGGGGGUAAUGGGCAGUAAAUGAGGGCAACCAUACUGUGGCAGCUAGGGCGGAAAAGGAGUAUUUCACAUUAUGACAUCUGAUUUUGACGUCAGCAGAAUUUGAAAAUUUGCUGGAUUUUGACAUUUCAUUGAAAACACUUUUAUCCCUUUCCCCAAGGAAUUCAGGGAAGGGCCAUUUCAUGAAAUUUCAUUUCAGCUUUAGAAUUCGAACUUUGCUUCCCAGUGCUUUUUGUAACAUUUGAGCCCCUCACUUGUCACACAUUUACCAUGUGAAUUAUCUCUAAGACUGACUGCAAUCCUAUACUCGCUGACCAGGAGUAAGCCCUGAAUUCAGUGGAACUUGCUUCUUAAAGAUGGCCCAGCAACGACUCUGGUCUCUCUUGCCUGCACCAUGGAUUAGGGAACUCCUUCCUGAGAGAGGUCUUCCGCAGGACUUGCCUUUCCUUUUCCCUGCCCUCCUUUAUUCUUAUUGCUACACUCUCUGAGGUCUUCUCCCCGAUUUUAUUUACAAUCUUAUUCCUGCAGCCAAGCUGCUCUUCCUCUACAUGCAGUUCCAUGUGCUUCCAGUGCUGCGGUUUAGUCUAAGGUCUCUCUUCUUUGCUGUGUGCAAAACAACAAGACAGGAACAGAUAUUUAAGAUUUGAGGACAGAUUGAAAGAAUUUUACGGUGAUUUUUUUAAAACAAAAUUUAUUGCUGUGUAGUAAUCAGCAGUAGUAGUUGCUACGACUAGUAAUACUACUUUUCCGGUUCUUUUCUGCACUAGGUGUUCCAUUUAUAUACAUUAUAAAAAUGUCUGUCCGGCUUGACAAAGACUUUGAAGAUGAUCUGAGAAAUCUGUCCUCUAGCAUGUUUAAGCGAUACAAAAGUGAUUUGGAGAAAGCGGUAUGUUUGAGCUGGUUCUGCAUGUGGCAGAGAUAUAUUGCAUUUCUGUUAUUAUUACAAGAUCACAGGGCAGUUUACAAUAUAAAAACCCAAAAAUACAUUGUUGCAAACAAAACGAUGCCCCUCCCCCACCACCGUUAAAAUGGCCAUAGAUUGUUUAAUUAGUCAAAGGCCUGGGAGAGGAGGGAUGCUUUUGCCUGGUGCCUAGAAAUAUGUAAUGAUGGUGCCUGGCGAGCCUCCCUGGGGAGAGUAUUCCACAAGCAGGGAGCCACCACAGAAAAGGCCUGUUCUUGUCUUGCCACCCUCUGGGCAUCUCACAGAGGAGCCACAGCCAAUGACUGCAGGGUCUGGGUUGGUUCAUAUGAGGAGAUGCAUGUGCGAGAUUAGCAGCCAAACCUAACAAACACAUAUUCUUGCUAGUUAGCAUAUGGUAAAGGUAAAGGACCCCUGACAGUUAAGUUCAGUCGCGAACGACUCUGGGGUUGUGGCACUCUUCUUGCUUUACUGACCGAGGGAGCCAGUGUUUGUCCGCAGACAGCUUCUGGGUCAUGUGGCCAGCAUGAGUAAACUGCUUCUGGCAAACCAGAGCAGUGCACAGAAACACCAUUUACCUUCCUGCUGGAGAGGUACCUAUUUAUCUACUUGCGCUUUGAUGUGCUUUUGAACUGCUAUGUUGGCAGGAGCUGAGACCGAGCAAUGGGAGCUCACCCCAUUGCGAGGAUUCGAACCACCGACCUUCCGAUCGGCAAGCCAAGAGGCUCCGUGAUUUAGACCACCCGAGUCCCUUGAUAGUUAGCAUAAGAAGGGGCUAAUACUACAGAGCUAUAUUGCUGAUAGGCAGCUACUCAUACUACAGAAAAUGUAGUUGGCAGAGAGGGCUCUGUGUGAUGUCAUUUCCCCUCUUCCCUCCCCCUCCCUCCUCUCUCCUCAGCCAGCCAUGAGGACAGACGUGUCCUGCACUUGCUCCAGUUCCAGGCACAAGCCUGAGACUGUUUUUGCUGUAAAUAUAAGUAUUUCCCCUGCAUAGUUUUUACUGAUGCUGCAGCUGAAAACCAAUGCAAGACUAUUGAGUAAAAAAAUCAGAUUUUGAGCUUACUUUCCAGUUGUCCAAUUAAAUAAAGGGGGAAGCCAGCUUGAUUUGUAGCUGGACUUAAUUAAAGGAAGGCACCACUUACUGCCAAUUCUGACAGGCCUCCAUAUUGCUGCCGAGGAUGGGACUUCUAAAACUCUCUUCAGCCCAUGCAUGUGAGACCUGGAGAGGUAAAUUGCAAUUUAUAUAUCCUCUCCCAGCUAUUAAAAUACCUCCUACAAGGUGAUCCUUGAGGUAUGGCAGAGGUUUUCAUAGGUUAAAACUUCAUGGUACAUGUUAUAGUGCAACAUACCUGCUGAGAUGAUUCUAAUAGCUAUUGUCAGGGAGAGGCAAACGGGAAAAGAUGAAAGGACAGAAACCAGCAGUUAUAGAGAGCCUAAAGAGAUUAUCAGCAGCCUGUCGUCUGACAGUGGGUCUGACGUAGAGGGGGAGGAGGAUGAGCCUGGAACAAGUCAUUCUGUACACAGAGGAAGUCAGGGGAGAGGUUUCCGCAGACUUGCAUGCUGGGUACGGAAAAGGAAGAAGAAAGAUUAGAGGCGGCAACUGCGCAACAACGGGACGGACGCUAAUUGAAACGCUGGAGAUGUACGUUUGAACUCUGUCAAAUAAAUCAAAUAGUUUGGAACUGGCUGGGAGCCCGGAGUCUUAUCUAUGCCAGCUGGACAGCAUUAAGCCUCUGACAGCUAUCAUCUGCAGAAUAUAGAUUUAAUAUCUUCAAAAAAUAUCAUAAGGGAUCCUUACAUGGGCUGCUUUGGAAAACUUCUCAAAAACUGAUUAGUGCAAAAUGCAGCUGCCAUGUUAUUGACUGGGCGCUAUUAUCAUUUUUCAGCAGCACUGUGCCAACUGCACUGAUUCCUUAAACGGGACACAUUUAGUGAGUUGAGGCGGGUGAAGGUUAUCCAUUCCAAAAUGGUUCGGAAAGGGUCCAAAAACUAUUGAGCCCCCAAUAUACUCCUGAUGGUGACAUUGGGAUCCUGAUAUGGCCUGGCGGCCUUGCCGAUUUGGAAAUGAUUUACUUAAGAAAGAGAUUCUAAUUGCAGAAGCUCAGUGGAAGUAUUUUUAAUCUUUAAUGGAUCAUUUCCAAAUUGGGUGCAGGUGGGCCAUCCAUAAACAGAUUAAUAAAAUCAGUAACAGAGUAAUAAAGUAAUGUAAUAGAUUCAUUUCACUUCACGCAUGAAGUAGGCAUGUUCACAGUCUGCUAGGUGAAAUAAAACAGUCCAAUUUCCUAUGAGGUUUUAAUUGUCUCAUAAAGAUGUCAUAAUUUAUAUUGUUGGUUUUUUUUCCAGUUUACCAAGGGAUACAAAUCAUUGCCAGGCUUCAGAAGUGUAAAAGUUGCAGGAUUCAGGUAUCGAAAACAUUCACCUUCUUUCCCUUUGCACUCACUUGGAUUACAGGAGAAAAUAAAAAAAAUGCUUUGAUCUUUGUACAUUAGUCACAUUAUUGAAUUUAAACAUUUUAGAAAAGCACUUCCGAGAAAGAAGUGCAAUUUGGAAUGGGCUUCCUCAGAAGGUGGUGGACUCACUGGAGGUCUCAAAGCAGAGGCUGGACGGCCAUCUGUCACAGAAGCUUGAGCUGAGAUUUCUCAGUUGGGGGGACUUGGACUAGAUGCCCUCAAGGUCCCUUUGAACUCGACAAUUCUAUGAUUCUGUGGCUGUGUGGCCAUUCCAAGUGCUGCCCAUCUGCAAAGAGCCCGACACCCUGCAAGUGACCACAGGGCUUUCUUAAAGGAUUCCAUCUGGACACCUUGUUAAUUUUAAAAGGUAGGCACAGCACACACAAACACAUGCCUGCUCCCACCACAUGUUUCUUGACCCCCUUCCCCUUUUGGGAAGGAGGCACCUUCGUUUUGCCUCCACCCCUCUCAAGCAGUUGACAUUAACGGGGGUUUUACACUUCUGUUUAUUGUUAUGCUCACUGCAUUUCCAGUGAUUACUUUUAAAUCCAUGUUAAUACAAUGUUAUCCAAAAUGCAAAUGAAUCCUGCACUUUGUUAUGAAAUUCUGCUCUUGGAUGUGCUGUUCAUCAUACCAGUUUCACACCGAAUGGAGUCCUGCUUGGUCUCUAGCCGCAGUGUGAACACCUUUGCAUGUAGGUGCAAAGCCAAAGCAAAACAUAAUAUUUAUUUGAGUGUAAAAUAACCUCAGCACCUACAAAUUUUAUUCCACAUCCUGCUUAGCAUGAGGUUGGGAUGCCAGAGCCUAAUUAAAAUAGCUUUUGGCAGGGGCUGCAACUUGCCCAUCAUCAGUAUCAAUACAAAAAUAUGAAUAUUCACUAGCAUUUAAAAUAGGAUAGGGACAAUUUUAUUUCAGUUUUAAAGCCUUUUAUGUUUUUAAUAUUUUGCUUUCCUCUCCAUUGGCCAGGUAGAUAAGGUGACAAAGAAGCUGUAGCUGAAACUAGUUUCUCCUUUUCCUUCCCAAUAUCUAUAAAAAUCUUUUUAAAAUGUUAAAAACAUCAUGAAAUUUUUCAUUAUUUAUUACAUAGAAUCAUAGAAUUAUGGAGUUGGAAGGGACCUGAGGGUCAUCUAGUUCAACCCCCUGCAUUGCAUCAGUUCUGCCUUCUCUCUGUCACUCAAUAGUAUUUCUCUGUCUUCUCCAUUCAGAGGACCUGCCACUUGCUUGUUCUUCCUCUUGCUUCAAGCAUAGCCAAAGAAACCUUUUAAAAAUUGUUUUUAACCUCUCUUGCAAGCCUGAGUUCAUCCUUAGCUGGACCCAGCUAACCUGCUCCUUGCAACUGUUUGCUACUCCUUUGUGAUUUCCCCUUUCUUCUAUUUCUUGUACAUGCCCUUCUUACAUCUCAGCUCAUCUGUAAGCUCCUCAGAUGCCUCCCACUUUUCUUUCUGGUUGGAAUUGUCUGCAUUUGGGCCUUCAAUAUUUCUCCUUUAAGAAACUCCCAUCGAUCUUGGACUCCCUUCUUUUUGAGUAUUUCUGACCUAAUAAUAAUAAUAAUAAUAAUAAUAAUAAUAAUAAUAAUUUAUUAUUUAUACCCCACCCAUCUGGCUGGGUUCCCCCAGCCACUCUGGGCAGCUUCCAACCAAAUAUUAAAAACAAUACAGCAUCAAACAUUAAAAACUUCCCUAAACAGGGCUGCCUUUAGUUGUUUUCUAAAAGUCAGAUAGUUGCUUAUUGCCUUGACCUCUGCUGGGAGGGCGUUCCACAGGGCAGGCGCCACUACCGAGAAGGCCCUCUGCCUGGUUCCCUGUAACCUCACUUCUUGCAAUGAGGGAACCGCCAGAAGGCCCUCGGCGCUGGAUCUCAGUGUCCGGGCUGAACGAUGGGGGUGGAGAUGCUCCUUCUGAUAUACAGGAUUGAGGCCGUUUAGGGCUUUAAAGGUCAGCACCAACACUUUGUUUUUUUUAAUAAUAUUUUUUAUUCAUUUUCCAAUACAAAAUUAUAUAAUCCAUACAUCUUAAUUACAUCCCAUUUCUCUUUUUUGACUUCCCUCAAUUUGUCUGAAACUCCUUCAUAAUUUUACUUCUUCCACAUUUCUAACUUAUGCUUAUAUUAUUGUUAUAUAUUAAACCCUAUUUUUAGUAGUAUUCUAACAUUUUCCUCACAGAGCUUCAUUAAAACUUACAAACGUUAUCUGAUUAUCACUUAAUUUUUGCAUAUACUCUAUAAAUUUCUUCCAAUCUUCUGUAAAUCUCUGAUCUCAUCGAUUUUGGAUCCUUCCAGUCAGUCUAUCAAGUUCUGCAUAGUCCAUCAUUUUCAUUCUCCAUUCUUCUAUCGUAGGUAACUCCUCUUGUUUCCAUUUCUGGGCCAUCAGUAUUCUUGCUGCUGUCACUGCAUAUGAAAAUAACUUCUUUUCUUUCUUAUUUAUCUCAUUACCUGUAAUGCCUAGUAAAAACGCUUCUGGUUUUUUAACAAAUGUAUAUUUCAACAUUUUCUUCAAUUCAUUAUAUAUCAUUUCCCAAAAGCUUUUAACUUUCUUACAUUCCCACCACAUAUGAUGGAAUGUACCUUCCUUUUCUUUACAUUUCCAACAUUUGUUACUUAUACAUCCUUGCUAAUUUCACCGGUGUUACAUACCAUCGAUACAUCAUUUUCAUCACAUUUUCUCAGCACCAACACUUUGAAUUGUGCCCAGAAAUGUACUGGGAGCCAAUGUAGCUCUUACAGGACCGGUGUUAUGUGGUCUCGGUGGCCGCCCCCAGUCACCAGUCUAGCUGCUGCAUUCUGGAUUAAUUGCAGCUUCCGGGUCACCUUCAAAGGUAGCCCCAAGUAGAGCGCAUUGCAGUAGUCCAAGCGGGAGAUAACCAGAGCAUGCACCACUCUGGCGAGACAGUCUGCGGGCAGGGAGGGUCUCAGCCUGCAUUUCUUGGGAUCUCUCAUACAGUGAUGCUUAAGCUUUUUGAAAUUGGCCCUCUUAAAGUUCAGAGUGCGUGUCCAACUACACUCACUGUUCUCUUGCCUAUGUAACAUGAAACCCAAGAGGACAGGAUCACUUCCUCCCAAGUUUCCGAGUUCUUCCACUUGGUCAAUUAGUUCCUCCCUAUCGGUGAGGAUCAGGUCCAAGAUAAAUGAUCCCAUUGUUGCUUCUUCCACCUUCUGAGAAAUGAAAUUGUCAGCAAGGCAAUGGAGGAAUUUUUUGUCCUUUCAUUCUUGGCAGAGUUUGAGUUCCAACAGAUAUUUGGGUAGUUUUAGUCUCCCAUGACUACUAUGUCUCUUCUUUUUCGAAACUUGGUAAUCUGCUCUAGGAAGGCAUAAUCUAAGUCUUCAGUCUGGCUUGGCGGUCUGUAGCAGACCCCCACAGUAAGGUCACUUAUCUCUCUCUUAUCUUACAAUUUACUAAUACUAAUAUACUAUACUAUACAUAUACUAAUAAUGAAUCUGAAAUAAUCAGGUAUGAUAUCCUUUUUGCAUAGACCUGGAAGCAUCAUGGUUCAAUAUGAAUUAACAUCAGCAGUGAAUAUGCCGCCUGAAAGUGCAAAUACAGAUGCAGCUGAAGCCUUAGAUCGUUCCUACAAGAUUGUGCCCACAUCAUUUGAGGUGUCUUCAAUGGAAGUGCAUGGUAAUGUCAAAAGCCUGCUUAUUGAGAUGUAUAUUAUCAUUUUAAUGGUAGAAAUGCCAUUUUUCUCCCACAAUGAAUACACAUAUAAAACACCCUCCAGACCACCCCAAUUUGAUUAUGGAGAGAGAAGCUAGGCCCCCUCACACUCUGCCUUUAAAGCACAUUCAAAGCACAUUCUCUCCCUCAAAGACUUUUGAUCCCUGCAGUCUGCUAAAGAGUUGCUGGUAACUGUAGCACCUUGAGGAGGAAGCUGCAGAGCCCAGAAUCAUCUGAGGGGAAAGUGUGUUUUAAAGUUACUGCAUGUGCACAGCCUGUGCCCCGGGUGCUCAGUAGCCUCUGGGCGUGCUGCAGGGUGUCUUCGGAACUUUUUGGUGGAAGCUUCAUGUUCUGGUUUCAGAGAGCUCUCCAAAUAGUUUUAUGCAAGGAACUAGUCGUUCUCUUGUGUGUGCAGACUGAUGCCCCUUCCCAAUAUACGUGUAUGAAUACAUCUGCAUUCCAAGGGGAAGAGUUUAGCCUUGCUAGGCCAGAAGGAUCGUGCCAUCCAAAGCUCUGUGUACUCUGCACCAUGGCUUCUUGCUGUGGAAGGGGUCUUCCCUGCAUCCACACAACAGUAAGAAUCAAGUCAAAUCUACCUGUCUUUGGUGGACGGGUUUUUAAUAGUCAUUAGUCAAUGGGACGCGGGUGACACUGUGGGUUAAACCACUGAGUCUAGGGCUUGCCGAUCAGAAGGUUGGUGCUUCGAAUCCCCAUGACGGGGUGAGCUCCCGUUGCUCAGUCCCUGCUCCUGCCAACCUAGCAGUUCGAAAGCACCUCAAAGUGCAAGUAGAUAAAUAGGUACUGCUCUGGCGGGAAGGUAAACAGCGUUUCCGUGCGCUGCUCUGGUUCGCCAGAAGCGGCUUAGUUAUGCUGGCCACAUGACCCGGAAGUUGUGCGCCGGCUCCCUCGGCCAAUAAAGCGAAAUGAGCGCCACAACCCCAGAGUCAGUCACGACUGGACCUAAUGGUCCGGGGUCCCCUUACCUUUACCUAGUCAAUGGGUAUUAACUGCUGAUGUGGGAAAAGCAGGGCUCAAGGUGCUGGUGGAAGAAGGGAUAAACUCAGCUUCCUGUCAAAGAGCAAUGUUGCCAGCAUCAUACAUGGUUGUCAAUAUAUCACAUCAGGAAUAUGUAUUUGGGUUGCAAUCGCAGCUGAUGCUCUGCCAGUGAAAAUUGGGAGUAGAGAUUCCUCAUUUGCCCUGGAAGGUGGGAAGCACACCUGCCCAUUGGUGCUGCCUUCAUUCUAAACAUGGAGAGUUUAAACCCACUCAGCUAAAGGCCAUUGGUCACUUUGGAAAAUCCCACUUAUAAAACUCCAUGACAGGAAAGCAAGACCUGUUCACUUUUGCCGCAACCACCCUUGGUCAAGGCCUUGUCUAGACUCUGCAAACUAAUUUUCCAAACCUUUCCUGGGUGCGUUCAGAACAACAGCAAGUGAAACUGUGAAAUGAAUAGUUGAUGCAUUAGGUGAGUGGCACUCUGUAUAUGUAGCAAGAAAUAAAGCUUUCUUUUCGUUGGUUUUGAGAACUUCUCUUUUUGCCUUGCAGGUGGAACAAACAUCUCCAUUUCUCCUGACGACAUUUUUGAGGGUGAUACUGUAACAAUGACAUGCGAGUCAAAUUCUUCUUUGGGGGCAACCUGGCACUUCCCAGAAACUUUUAGCCGUGGCAGGGAGCUUCCUAAAAAUGACACUAUAGAUGGAAAGUCAACAUCAACACUGAAAAUUACAAACAUUAAAUUGGAAGAUGCCGGUAAUUCUAAAUAGAAAAGUAUUUAAGUCAAGAGUGUAAGAAUUGCUAUACUGAGUCAGACCUAGGCUUUACAGUCACCUCCUACCAAAGUGAGGACAGGGGAAGUAGUCUGUCACUAGGGAACAUGGGGAACAAAUACAGAUUAUUACCCUCUGUAAGACAAUACUCCAAAGAAUAAAACCGCAUCAAGCAAACACUGCAAUAUUCUGCAUCAAACAAGGCUGGGAGUGAAUUGGGUGGCCUGCAGUGACCAUCAUAUUCAACAACAAUGACCAUCAUAUUCUAAGAUUGUAACAUACAGAGUGACAUGCAAUGGAAACCUAGAUUCAGAGAAGGGAUGCAGCCGUGACUAGGGCGCCACAGCUUUUUCUGUGUCUUGUUAAAUCAAUUCUGCAGGUGUUCUUGCGCUUCCCAAGAGUCCUGCACUUCUAGUUGUCUGACCAUAAAACAGGUGUGUCCCCCGGGGUCUCAGGUGUACCAGGAGGGGUCAUGCGACCCGAUUAUCUCUCAUGAUCAGUUAAUGUUUCUUUAGUGAGUUGGCAAUAUUUAUGUUACCUAUAAUCUCCAUUCUGUAGAAGGAACUGUGGGCUUUUUGCUGGUUAACUCAUGCAGAUACAGGAAAUCCAGAGCUUGAACAUCUUCCACAGAUGGCUACCCAGCCUUGGCUUGAAAAUCUCCAGCAAGGGAGAGUCUGCCACCCUCCAGGCAGAGGCAGCUAGUGCCCAUUGCACCUGUGCCAAAACUGCACAUAGUCAAAGCACAUCGAGUGCCAUGGGGGUAUGUGGCCAAAGUCUCCCCCCCCCCCGAGGCCUGUCCCCUUUUAAUUAUUUUAUUUUAUUUUAUUUUAUUUUAUUUUAUUUUAUUUUAUUUUAUUUUGCCAAGCGCAUGAAGCUGGAUGGGCACAAAGUAAAUGUGAGUAUGUUGCGGUCUUACUGUGUAAGAAAUAGAAGAAGUAAUAAAAAUUGGAUUUAAAAUGUAGCAUCUAGCACAGCACAUUACAAUUGUGCAACAAGCAGAAAAACCCUUAAGUAGUCUACCAAGACCACCAGCCAUUUUCGCUGAGAGCCGCUGGUCUAUCCCCUCCUUAAAGGAAAACGCCCAGAACGGAAGGCAGUUCUCCAGAGCAGACCAGAGCAGAAGAGAGAGGAACCAAAGCUUGGAAACCAUUAAUGCAGCCUAAAACUGCCCUUUCGGGGGAGCUGCUCCACACACAAAACGGCUGACUGUUAUGCAGUUCCUUUGCACAUUCAGAUCAGCGGUGUAAAUGUAAAGGUUUUGCCACUCAUUUAAUGCUUUGAUUCAAUUGAGUUAAUUUUAUCAUGGAGAUGAGACAAGCUGGAAGGUUCACAGUUGGAUCUGGAAAUGUUUGAGCACAUUGCUUUAUGGAGCUAAAUACCAGAUUUUUGUCUUUUUUGCAGGUUAUUACCGUUGCAGCUUUAUGGAAUGGAUUAAUAAUGUGUCAGUCAUACAUGUUGCUGGGACUAAUAUAACAGUCUCUCCAAUCAAAAUUGUGCCCUCAGAGGAUGUUGUGAUUGUAUGCAAUGGUGACACUAAAGAACUGAGUUGCUGCACAGACAGAGAUAUGCAGUUCUUCACUUAUUACUGGAAAAUAAAUGGAGCAAUAAAUAUUUCAGGUAUGAAGUGCAAGAAUCUCUCUUGGCUCCUAAGUGUGCAUAAAACUUUUUCUUUGCCCAACUCCACACAUGCAUCUCUCUCACAGCAUUUGCAAAGCACAAGGAGACCUGUCAAGAGUCAGGCUCUUUCUCCUGCGCUGUCAUUGCCGGCUCCACAGAGUGGGGAAUCACAGCAGUGGUGGACUUUGGGCUUUAAAAUUCCAGCAGCACCCCCACCCUGGCCACUCACCUUCCAUUGCUUGUCAUUGUUGCUCCCAGUGCAGGCGAACUGGUCCUGUUCCCCUAAAUCCGCCUCAGAUUGCAGGCAGAGCCACAGCAGCCUCUGGAGUCAGCCAGGAGGGCCAAGGCGAUGCUGCUGCCAUUCCCUGCUGGUAUACCUUUGCCUCCUUCACAAGGAGAGGCCCUUUUCUUCCUUGUGAGGAGGGGGGGGGGGAGAGAAAACUGCAAGGGGGAGGGGGAUUAUUGAUUUGUUUUUGUUCUUAUUUUUACUAUGUAUUUUGUGUUUUCUAUAUUGUAUUUUUAUGUUGUGCUCUGCCCUGAGAUCUACAGAUGAAGGGCAGCUACAAAUUUAAUAAAUAAUAAUGAUAAUAACGGGACGCGGGUGGCGCUGUGGGUAAAACCUCAGUGCCUAGGACUUGCCGAUCGUCAGGUUGGUGGUUCGAAUCCCCGCGGCGGGGUGCGCUCCCGUCGUUCGGUCCCAGCGCCUGCCAACCUAGCAGUUCGAAAGCACCCACGGGUGCAAGUAGAUAAAUAGGGACCACUUACUAGCGGGAAGGUAAACGGCGUUUCCGUGUGCUGCGCUGGCUCGCCAGAUGCAGCUUGUCACGCUGGCCACGUGACCCGGAAGUGUCUUCGGACAGCGCUGGCCUCCGGCCUCUUAAGUGAGAUGGGCGCACAACCCCAGAGUCGGACAUGACUGGCCCGUACGGGCAGGGGUACCUUUACCUUUUUACCUUUAAUGAUAAUAACACUUUGGUUUUGUAAGCAUUUCUCGUGAGUCCUUGCAAAACACUUUGAGGGUUUUUGUUUGUUUGCUAGUGUAUGCAAGAAAUGACCACAAAGCGAACAGCUUUUGAUGGGAACUGGGGGUGUUCAUUCAUUCCUAGUCACAAAUUCCUGCUGCCUCUCCUUGUCUUCCAGUGGCUCAGUCAGUAGAGCAGGAGACUCUUAAUCUCUGGGUUGUGGGUUUGAGGCCCACGUUGGGCAAAAGAUUCCUGCAAAGCAGGGGGUUGGUCCCUUCCAGCUCUACAGUUCUGUGAUUCUAAGUGUGGUAUCUUUGGCCUAGAGCAGCUUUGGAUAUGGCCGGGAGCAAUUGUCUGGCAUGUCCCUGAAAACAUCCUUCUGGAAUUAAACAGGCCGCUUUGGAUAAGUUUGUAGGACAUGUUAGACCCAAAGUCUCUACUGGGAGUAGGAGCUGAUAACAUACUGGCCAGCUUCUAAAUGGGGGUGACAUUGUACUCUGACCACCCAGCGACACUGACACUGAAGCAACUCUUCAGCUUUGCUUUGAGUCAAGGUGUUGACCAGUUUUCAGCCUCAGUUGCAGGUAGUGCUUUGACCUGCUUCUAACUCAUUUCCCUUCCUUGCAGGGACCACCACUGCCACUCACAACUGUACCAAGUACCUCCUUCAGGCUAAUGAAUCUCAAUGCCCAGCAGACAAGUCUGCAACCAAAACGGAUUACACAUGUGAGCUGAACACUACCAAUGGUGCCCGCAAACACAAAGUUAUCAGUGUCACAUAUUUUCGAGUAGGUAAGCAUCUCUUUGGGAAGGACUUUUCUCCUUUGAUUUCUUUGUGUGUAUGCUAUUCUGAUGUUUAAGUUUCUGCUAUUUUACCGUAAGCCAUGUUGAGACAAUGUGCAAAGUGGGAGACAAUCUCCCUAAAUAAACAAAAUAAUGAACUCACAAUCAAAUCCCCAAUGUUUAUGUUUCACCAGCAAAGGUGAGCAUAUCUUCUAGAACAAGUGGCAAGGUUUCUGAGGGACAACGUUUCUCUCUAAACUGCAGCAGUGAUGUGAGCAACUUUGACAGCGUCACCUGGCAAAUCCAAAGUGGAAGCUCUACUAAGCAGGUUGACAGCGUGUGGCACACACAGGACAGAAAGGGGCCAGUGUCUGUAUCUUUAGAGUUGCCAUAGGCCAGUUAUAUUUGCAAAUUGUGCAAAAUGUUUACUAAUGAUGCAAAUAAAGUAUAUUAAUUUGGGCAUUUUCUGUCAGUUAAUUUUAUUUAUUUAAUUUUAUUUAUUUACUGUAUUUCUAUCCCACUCUUCAGACAAGUCUUGUCUCUCGAAGUGUCUCACGUCAAUAAAAAUGGGAAAAGGAAGAGAGACACUUUGCAUUUGUAGAUGGCUGGUGUCCUUUCUUGGUAUUAAUUUUGUAUUUCAACUGAACAAAAAAAGAAACAAUAAAUAAAAAGUGCAGAGGAAGGUAUACUCUAUUGCUACGUAUAUAUGCAAAUCUUAUUAUUAUCCGUGUGUGUGUGUUUAUUUGCAGCUUACUAUAUUUUGUAUCAAUGUGAUCCAAAUGUCCUUAUACUUGUCCAUACAUUACACUUGUCUACACUGUAUGGCGUCCUGAUGUUUCAAGAGAUAAAACAACGUCUCUUCUCCUUUCUUUCACAGCAAAGAAGGUAGCAUGCAAUUCUUCAGAGAUUGGCACCGGAGAGGAUGGAGCUGAGCUCACAAGGCCUUGCAGGAAUGAGGCAAACCACCCUGUCAGAGGAAGUAUCACCUAUAAGUGCAAACAUAAUUUGUGGGAAAUCGUGGGAAAUAGCUGCCUAGCUGUCCCAGUGGACAACCUUCUCAGCGCUGCAGAGGUAAAAGCAUCCCUUUGUCUGGAGCACAGGUUGCCUCCAGACUAUUCAGAGUAAUUGAUUUUUAAAACUAAACAUUAUACACUGCAACAACUCAAAUUAGCAGCCUUGUGCAAAACGAGUUGAUCACAUAUGUAAACAGAACAUGGCUGGGAUAUAUCAGCAGGUUUAAGAGCUUUUAAAAUGGUGACAGAGACGUCACAAAGUAUGAAGCAUUCAUUUGGAGGGAACACAUAGGAGUAGAAUAAUUAUUAUUAUUAUUAUUAUUAUUAUUAUUAUUAUUAUUUUAUUAUUUAUUCCCUGCCCAUCUGGCUGGGUUUCCCCAGCCACUCUAGGCAGCUCACAACAGAUUAUUAUUAUUAUUAAAGUGAUAAAACAUCAAACAUUAAAAACUUCCCUAAACAGGGCUGCCUUCAGAUGUCUUCUAAAAGUCCAAUGGUUGUUUAUUUCUUUGACAUAUGAUGGGAAGGUGUUCCACAGGGUGGGAGCCACUACCAAGAAGGCCCUCUGCCUGGUUCCCUGUACCUUCCCUUCUCACAGUGAGGGAACCGCCAGAAGGUCCUCGGAGCUGGACCUCAGUGUCUAGGCUGAAAAAUGGGGGUGGAGACGCUCCUUCAGGUAUACAGGAUUGAGGCCGUUUAGGGCUUUAAAGGUCAGCACCAACAGAAUUGUGCUUGGAAAUGUAUGGGAGCCAAUGUAGGUCUUUCAAGACUGGUGUUAUAUGGUGGCCGCUCCCAGUCACCAAUCUAGCUGCCGCAUUCUGGAUUAAUUGUAGUUUCUGGGUCACCUUCAAAGGUAGCCCCACAUAGAGCGCACUGCAGUAGUCCAAGCGGGAGAUAACCAGAGCAUGCACCACUCUGGCCAGACAGUCUGCCACUCUUGCCGCCUCUGCCAACUGGCCCUGCUGCCAUGCCCCCCACUGCCACCCUCCACGCUGCCUCUGCCACCUGCGGGGGAAGUGCCUUGGGGGCUUCUGCUGCCAGAGAUGCUUCGGCUGGGCUGCCCUGUACCUCUGGCAGGAUGAGUGCUUAUUAUUUUAUUAGUAGUCCAACAUGUUUUGUCUCUGGUAAGCUUUCCUCAGGGGCUGAUCUCACUUAUUUUUUUGUAAGCUCUUCAAAGACUUCAAGGGCUGUAUAUACUGGGUUAUCUCCACUUUAUGACAAAUUGAAGACACCUGAGUGAGUUUGAUUGCAUUUUGGGGUUUUGUGUAAGUCAUAGCUGUCAACUUUUCCAUUUUCUUGUGAGGAAUCCUAUUCGGAAUAAGGGAAUUUCCCUUUAAAAAAGGGAAAUGUUGACAGCUAUGGUGUAGGUUCUUUAGAAGCUUUGCGCUGUCCCUUAAAACAGAUGGUCUUUGAACAGCUUGCAAAGAAAUAAGUGAGAUAAGCCCAGGAACAGGUUUGUUUGUUUGUUUGUUUGUUUGUUUGUUUGUUUGUUUGUUUAUUUAUUUAUUUAUUUAUUUAUUUAUAUUAUUAAUAUAAUAAUAAGCAUCUAUCCUUUCCCACAUCUCCCAUGACUGUUCAGGGGGGGGAGCCAGAAUCAUGGGGGAGGGGAUCUUUAUUCCUUCGCUGCCAUCACAGUCCCUGAGCUUCUGUGAGAACAGGGCGAAGGGCAGCCUCCAGCUCAGGGAGGAGAGUUUCUUGUGGGCUGCUGCUCAUGCACUGGAAUGUGGGCUUUGUUUUGCUGUCACAGCAGCCACACAACCUUGUCUGCAUCAAAGUCCCAACCUGCUUUUUUUUUUUGCAUUGACCUGGGUUUUCCCUUUCAGCAGAAAAUCUAGCAAGUUAAAAAGACCCCAGUGUCAAUGACCAGUUUGUGGUAUCUGAACAACCCACUUGCAAUAUUAACCCCCCUUCGGGAAGCCCCCAGAAUGGCAAUGGAGCCAACACAUUAGGCAGCUGCAUUAGCACUAAACUGCACACCUGAUGUGAUCUCCAGCUAUGGAUGUUAUGGAAAUGAAUUUGGCACUGGGGCUGUAUCUACUCUGACCGGUUUUAACGUUAUUAGAAUGAUAUUAGAUCUAUCGUUCUAAAAUGUCCCAGGGCAUACUUAUACUUAAAAAUGGUUUAUUUUCGUCAAAACACUUGCUCUGCAGCGCCCUCUGGUGUCACAUUUUAAUAACAAAUUAAGAAUGUUAAAAGCAACAAGUCAUUUGUCCCUUUGCGUUAUCACAACUCUUCCUUAACCUUUCCUAACAUUACAAACACAAGUGUAGAUGUGCCCCAAGUUGCAUACUGCUGAAUAGUGUUUCCACCUCUCUGUAGCAAGGCUCCCAGGGCAUCCAAAGCUUUUCGAACAGAAAUCCACUUUCCUCCCCCAGCUCCGUCCUAUUUCAUUGAACAAAGAAACACCAAAGAGAAUCCCGGCCUGUUCAGUGUGUCUCUAUCAUUUAGCUGCUGAAGCCGUGGGAGCCAAACCAGGAAAAGUUGGUUGUGCCACAAGUGACGGUCACCUGGGAAAUCAGGAAAUUGCACUUUUGUGAAGCAAGAUUCCCUUCUAGAAUUAAUUUCACAACAUUCUGUGCCUCUUCCAGCUGGCUGAAGAGAAUCUGAAGAGAAUAACAAGCCUUAAGUGCAAUUUACUCUGUGUUUAACACAUUUAACUUUAAUUCUAGUCUUUGGUGUCUAGUCCUGAGCAAAAGAAGAAUUUGCCUGAAUUCCUCAGCCACCUGAACCGUACCAUCAAGCAACAGCAGCAAAGUAUGAAAGCUGUUGCAAACCUGAAAGCUGUUGUGGAAAUUUUGAAUAUGGUUUCAGUCGUGCCGGUAGCUGCUGAGCGGGAAACAAUGGAAGUAAGUUACAGAGGACUUUGCAGAAGUUGAGAACUCCUUUCUUUUCAUCUGCCUGGAAAAGAGGAGACUGAGAGCCAUCUUCAAAUAUCUAAAGGGCUGUCACAUGGAAGUUGACGCAAGCUUGUUUUCUCCUUCAGCUAGUUUUGUUAUACAUUUGAAUUCAUCCCAGAAUUUCUGCCUGCUUCUCACCUCGCCCAUCUUGCAAAUUAAAUGUUUGCAUGAAAGUCAUCUUAGUGGGCUGUGGCUGAACUGGCUAUCUUUUGUCUGCUGACUCCCAUUCAGGAGUUGAAUAGACAGCUUGAUUUAUGCAAGGUUUGAGGGUGUUUCUCAGAGUGCCUUUAGGACAUGUUUUGAGAUGAGGCUGGCAUCAGGUUUGUACCAAGGUCAAGGAAGGUUUGUGGUGGAGAAUCUCAUGUCAUAUUUCAGUUAUGUCAAGCUUUUAUUUCAAUGCUAUUAGAUAAAUCAUAGGAAUAAGUUCAGAUUCACACACCUAUUCACAAGAGCAUGACAGAGUAGAUCAGGAAAGAAGAAAAUGAGAAAGCAUCAGGAUCAAUGUGGAAAUAUCAAGAGUUUGUUCCAAUAAUUCUUACAGAAGUUAAAUCAAGAACUAUACUUUUCCUAAAUAAUAAUGAGCAAACUGAGGCAAAGUUUCAGUUUCUACCACGAAACAAAUACGUAUGCAGGACCUCAGACUGUUCUACAGCACAGCCUCAUGGCUUGCUGUGGAUGUUAUAGGUUGAUUGACUGUUGGAUAUGACAGCAUCACAAUAUGAUAAAAUCAGUAUCUGUAUCUAAUAAUGUAUUUGAAAUAUGAGAGGAGCUUGAGCUUUCAACCAUUUGACCUUUGAAAAGGCUAGUGAAACUAUCUAUGGCCUUUAAAACGAGAGGGUGGGUGGCUGGGUUAUUGUUUUGCUUGUUCUUAUGUUAUGUAUUUUGGGAUUUAUAUAUUGUAAACUACCCUGUGAACUUUGAAUGAAGGGUGAUAUAUAAAUUCAAUAAAUAAUAAUAAUAAUAAUAAUAAUAACAACAACAACAACAACAAUAAUAAUAAUAAUAAUUUGAAAAGUUGGUAGGUGGAUUAGUGUUAAAUGAAAAGGGAUUGGAAUUUCUAAUGCACACUGAUAAUUUUGUUACUGGACUUUAGUAAUAUCUCUUUAUUCUCUUAUUAUUGCAGAAUUUUUUAUCCACAGUAGACACGGUUAUCAGCAGUCCAGCAAAAACUUGGAAGGAUUUUGUGAAUGGAACUUCUCAAUUACUGGCUUCAGUGGAGCAAUUUUCUGGCUCCCUUCAACCUAUUAACAAUUCUAUUCCUUCCAUCAGCUAUGACAACCUCCAGCUCAAAGGUGUGGUCAUUGACAAAAGCAAGGUUUCCGACUACGACGAGAGCUUUACAUUCUCCAAGCCCUCAAACCUCAGUGGUAGUGUGCUAAUUAACGAAGCAAAAAUUGAAACUGGAAUCUCCACCAUCAUCAGUGUGGCUUACUCAUCUUUGGGGCCUAUUAUUCCACAGUAUAAGAAGAUGGAUGAAUUCAUAGUAAAUGGUUUGGUGAUGACAACACUAAUCAAUGCCAACAGCAGUCUAAGUGAAGAGUUCAGGAUCAUUAUGACAUUUAUGAAGGAUAACAAGACCCUGAAAAAUCCUCGAUGUGUAUUUUGGAAUUUCAGCUUCUCAGAAGAUGGUGGAGGUUGGGACGUUACUGGCUGUGAAACCACAGAGAAUGGGGACAAUGUCACUUGCUCCUGUAAUCACUUGACUUCAUUCUCCAUUUUGAUGUCUCCCGGUCACGAUCCAUGGGACACGUUGGAUUACAUGUCUUACAUUGGUGUGAGCAUUUCUAUAUUGAGCCUGGUGGCCUGCAUUGGCAUAGAAUUUGUCGUGUGGAAAUCAGUGACCAAAGCAAGAAUAUCCUACAUGCGCCAUGUUUGCAUACUGAACAUAGCGAUUUCUCUCCUGAUUGCAGACGUCUGGUUCAUUGUGGUAGCAGCAAUGCAUGACACAAACACGAAAAUGGACCAGGCUUGGCUCUGCAUAGCAGCAGCAUUCUUUGUUCAGUUUUUCUACCUCUGUGUCUUCUUUUGGAUGCUAACCUUGGGCCUCAUGGUGUUCUACCACAUAGUCUUUAUCGUACAUAAUGCAAGCAAGACCAUCAUGAAAGCUCUUAGCUUCUGCUUGGGAUACUUUUGCCCACUAGCUAUAUCUGCUAUCACCGUAAGCAGCACCCACCCACAUUACACAAGAAAAAAGGUCUGUUUACUCAACUGGGAUGAGAGUAGAGCUCUCUUGGCCUUAGUCAUUCCUGCCAUGAUCAUUGUCGCUGUCAAUGUGAUUGUUACCAUUGUCGUCAUAGCAAAAAUGCAAAGACGUUCCAUCGGCGAAAAAUCAAUAAAUAAAGAAAAGAGCUCAUUGUAUCGCAUCACCAAGUGUAUCGGUGUUCUGACAUCACUCUUAGGCCUCACCUGGUUAUUUGGUCUUGCUACAGUUAUCCCUGGAAGCCCUAGAGCAUUCCACUACUUAUUUACUCUUUUCAAUGCUUUUCAGGUAAGUAGAUAAAAGAUACUAGCUGUUUGCUAUGCUUAACUGAUAAAAAAAUAUUGUCAACAUUUCUUGGGACUCCUCAGUACCACUGUACACACGAGAAGGUGAUUCAUAUAGUUACUUUUCAUGUGGUAAGAGUCUAGCGAUGUCACUGAAUUUGGACUUCUGUGCUAAGCCUGGCCCCGUUCUCCUCUUGCCCAUCCUAGAGAGGAAAUGGCUAAAAUCUGGUGAAAUACUGUGAUAGUGAGCGUUAACUGAACCUGGCCCUAUCUUUGUUGCUCUAUGUCUUAGACUGCUACCCCCCUUACUUUGCCCCCCCCCCCCAUUCAGGAGUUUGAAUAGACUUUGCUAGCAAUGUAAGUGCAGAUUCACACACUCCUGUUGACAUAAGCCAGGAGGAGUGAAGGGGCUGCCGUCUCCUUUCCUAGAGCCUGUGCCAUCACAUGACCGAUGACCCAGGCCUGCUUCUCCUGGACAUAUUCCUAUUAAACUUACUAGAAGUAUAUAUUUCCUGACCUGAGAAAUGCUGAGAUCAAAGCACUGUAGUGCCAGCCCUGAUCCUAAAUUAACACCUGUGACUGUGAGUUCAAAGUCACCUCUAGAUUGAAUCCAGAAUUGCAUGCGGAGCAAAUGUUUGUGAAAGAUUCCUUGUUCCAUUAUAUAUGUGUUUGUUUGUUUUUGUUUGUUUAAUAUACUGCCCUAUACCUGGGGAGGUCUCAUUCCAGGAUCAAAUCAGAAACUGGAACUGACCCUGGAAAAAUAGGGGUACUUGGAGGGUCUGUUAUACUACAAUUCUGAUCCCACUUAACAGGGACUAAGUCUCAUUGAACUCAGUAGGAAACGCAUAGGAUUGCAAUGUGAGGUCUCUUUCCCCAGUAUGUUGCUUGUUGACCUUUUGAAGCUUGUUAUCAGGAUUAGUUUGUAAUCCCCAGAAUGUUAUCCAAAACUUCUUGCUUAUUUUUCUCCUAGGCUCCAUGUUUUCCCCCAUACACUUUGGCAAUCAGUGUUCAGAAAUGCUGUUCUUUCUUUGGAAUUACAUUAGAGAGAUCCUUUGGCCUUUAGAUUCAGGCAUCUAGGGUGCCAUUUUACAAAUGUGUAUAAUAUUAAUAUGAAAAUAUUUUGCAGGGAUUAUUCAUUCUGCUGCUUGGAAUCCUCUCAGAUAGAACGGUAGGAAAUGAAUUUUAAAAUAUUAGAGCUUUAUUUUAUUAUAUUGAAUUGCAGAGAUUAUUUUAUAUUGGCUUUCCUCUGUUUCAAAUGUGCAGGUAUGGGAAGCUCUGUGGAAAAAGUGUUCCCUCUCCAGCUGGAGUUCACAACACACAAAGGUAGUAUUAUUUCCAGGAAUAAAUAGUGGGUUGGAGCCAAAGGUGCUCUUCUAAAUGCAGAAGAUAUCCACUGCUAAUGGAAGCACUGUUUUAAAUCUUGCACUCUGCCUAAUUUUUAAUAGACUCUCUCUGAUUUUAAUCCCUCAACAAUGAAUGAAAAAACCUUUAUUUUAUCAACCUUUAUAAAGAGUAUGUGUUUGAAACUGUUCACAAUAAGGAAAAGGGAGGGAAUGAGGGAAUGGAAAAAACAUAUCACCAUCACCACCAUCCUCAUCAAACAGGAUUUUGUAAUGGACUGUCUUUCUUAUGUUUAAGGCAUAAUGGUUUACAGCAGGGGCUGCCAACCUUUUUGAAUCAGUGGCAACAUUUGGAUGGCUGCUGUGCAGGCAUGGCAUAACACACGAUUAGAGAGAGUACUGUCAUGGAGAAACUUUUCUCAUAAUUGUAUUUCCAUACUAAAAAAGCCUUGAUCUGUUGAAUUUCUGCCUGUCCUACAGCUGCUAAAAGCAUAAGAACCCAAUUCCCCCGCCCCAUGCUAACCCUAAACCAAAGGCUAGGCUACUAUUCAGCAUCCCUGAGUAAACAUGCAUGCCAUUGCACUGUGAGUUACCUAUAUAGUGAAUUCUUAAUUUAGCUCCUGCAUAGCAGGACCUAACAGACGCAGAAGACAUCAAGAAGAGGUGGCAAGAAUACACAGAGGAACUAUACCAGAAAGAAAUGGAUGGCUCGUACACCCCAGGUAGUGUGGUUGCUGACCUUGAGCCAGACAUCCUGGAGAGUGAAGUCAAAUGGGCCUUAGAAAGCACUGCUAAUAACAAGGCCAGUGGAAGUGAUGGUAUUCCAGCUGAACUAUUUAAAAUUUUAAAAGAUGAUGCUGUUAAGGUGCUACACUCAAUAUGCCAGCAAGUUUGGAAAACUCAGCAGUGGCCAGAGGAUUGGAGAAGAUCAGUCUACAUCCCAAUCCCAAAGAAGGGCAGUGCCAAAGAAUGCUCCAACUACCGCACAAUUGCACUCAUUUCACACGCUAGCAAAGUUAUGCUUAAAAUUCUACAAGGUAGGCUCAAGCAGUAUGUGGACCGAGAACUCCCAGAAGUGCAAGCUGGAUUUCGAAAGGGCAGAGGAACCAGAGACCAAAUUGCAAACAUGCGCUGGAUUAUGGAGAAAGCUAGAGAGUUCCAGAAAGACAUCUACUUCUGCUUCAUUGACUAUGCAAAAACAUUUGACUGCGUCGACCACAGCAAACUAUGGCAAGUUCUUAAGGAAAUGGGAGUGCCUGAUCACCUCAUCUGUCUCCUGAGAAAUCUCUAUGUGGGACAAGAAGCUACAGUUAGAACUGGAUAUGGAACAACUGAUUGGUUCAAAAUUGGGAAAGGAGUAUGACAAGGCUGUAUAUUGUCUCCCUGCUUACAGUGGUGCCACGCAAGACGAAAUUAAUCCGUUCUGCGAGUGUCUUCGUCUAGCGGUUUUUUCGUCUUGCGAAGCAACCCUAUUAGCGGCUUAACGGAUUAGCGCUAUUAGCGGUUUAGCGGCUAUUAAAGGCUUAUCGGCUUAGCGGAUUAGCUGCUAAAAGGCUAUUAAAGGCUUAGCAGCUUAGAUAAAGGGGGGGGGGAGCGAAAAAAAAAUCUCAAGACUCGCAAGACAUUUUCGUCUUGCGAAGCAAGCCCAUAGGGAAAUUCGUCCUGCGAAGCAACUCAAAAACGGAAAACCCUUUCGUCUAGUGGGUUUUCCGUCUUGCGAGGCAUUCGUCUUGCCUCGCACCACUGUAUUUAACUUAUAUGCAGAAUUCAUCAUGCGAAAGGCUGGACUGGAUGAAUCCCAAGCCGGAAUUAAGAUUGCUGGAAGAAAUAUCAGCAACCUCAGAUAUGCAGAUGACACAACCUUCAUGGCAGAAAGUGAGAAGCAAUUAAAGAAUUAAUGAGGGUAAAAGGGAGGAGCGCAAAAUAUGGUCUGAAGCUCAACAUGAAAAAAACUAAGAUCAUGGCCACUGUUCCCAUCAUCUCCUGGCAAAUAGAAGGGGAAGAAAUGGAGGCAGUGAGAGAUUUUACUUUCUUGGGCUCCAUGAUCACUGUAGAUGGUGACAGCAGCCACGAAAUUAAGAGACGCCUGCUUCUUGGGAGGAAAGCAAUGACAAACCUAGACAGCAUCUUAAAAGGUAGAGACAUCACCUUGCCAACAAAGGUCGGUAUAGUUAAAGCUAUGGUUUUCCCAGUAGUGAUGUAUGGAAGUGAGAGCUGGACCAUAAAGAAGGCUGAUUGCCGAAGAAUGGAUGCUUUUGAAUUAUGGUGCUGGAGGAGACUCUUGAGAGUCCCAUGGACUGCAAGAAGAUCAAACCUCUCCAUUCUUAAGGAAAUCAGCCCUGAGUGCUCACUGGAAGGACAGAUCGUGAAGCUGAGGCUCCAAGACUUUGGCCACCUCAUGAGAAGAGACGACUCCCUGGAAAAGACCCUGAUGUUGGGAUGGAUGGAGGGCACAAGGAGAAGGGGACGACAGAGGACGAGAUGGUUGGAUAGUGUUUUCGAAGCUACCAGCAUGAGUUUGACCAAACUGCGGGAGGCAGUGGGAGACAGGAGUGCCUGGUGUGCUCUGGUCCAUGGGGUCACGAAGAGUCGGAUACGACUAAACGACUAAACAACAACAAAGCAGGAGAUGUGCCUUAGCAUUUUUUGUAAAGUAUUUACAUUUGUUGGGGGUGGGGGAAGGGUGAUUAUUCAGCAUUCAUUCACACUUACUGUGUAGCAGUUCUUGCGGAAAAUAACUCCUAGGGACUACCUGAUCUCAGACAAACCCACCCCAUGGAAGAUGCAUCCUAGCAUCUAGGGGAAAGGAAGGGCAAACAAUGUAGGGUCCAAGAACUUGAAAGUAAGACAAAAGCAGGAAGCGUUCACUACAGAUGGGGAGAAAUUAGCGGCUCUUGAGGACUCUUGAGCAACUUAUCAAUUGGAGCAGCCAGUCUGUCUCAUUUCACAGAAAUUGCCUUGAAGAGGACCUGCAAGUUUUGUUUGAUAACUUCCUAAGAUUGCUAAAUACUUAAAAGAAAGCUAGCAAGCUCAGAGUGGCCCUCCUCAGAGGCCUGAGCACCACGACACCUUUAAAUGCCCUGUUGGCAGCCCCCAGUGUGAGGGGGGGGCCCCCUGCUUUCAGACAAUGUUGGAUCCUUUUUCUUUGGUUGUAUAGAAAGCUCUGUGUGCAAAUUCCUGUUUGUGUGCGGGGGCUGCAUGUGACCAGGACCCUUGGACUUUGUCAGGAUACAUAUGCACCAUGGGGAAUAGUUAAAGGGAGGAACACAAAGUUUGGGGUGGGGCUAAAAGUGCAGCUGCCCUCCGUGGUCCAUAUGGUUCCGCCAUACAUACUCUGGUGCAAGGGACAUGUUUGCUAUCUCCAACACUUUUCUAUCUGUGCUUAUGGUUUGCACGAGGACUGUGCAAGGGCCCCCUGAUUUGGUUCAGGGCUCAAUUUGACAAUCCUUAGUUUUAAGUUAGUUAACUUAGUUUUAAGUUUGAGGUUUUCCACAAAUGCCAGAUUAAAGCUAAGACAAAAUAAAAGCCUGUCCUAUAGAAAAUGCUGCUUGCUCUUCACUAAGAUGUGCUUGUGUCUUACAGUCAACAUCCCAAGGCAUGUCAGCGCCUAUGCUUUCCAUCAGUUCUCCAUUCUCAAAAACUUUAAACAACUGGUUUGGCAAAACAGGUACAGUAUGUAAUCAGCAACCAACUUCCUUGUACAAUUUCAAAUGUCCUUCUGUAAGUUGGGCCUUCAGAUUCAUGCCAUUUCAAGGCACUGCAAGGCCAACUGCUGUGUUAAAACAUCAACAAGCCAGAUAUGCCCUAGAAGCCAGAUGCGCAAAGCAUUGCUUGCUGGAAGUGAUGCCCUGAUGGUUCAGUUCAUUAUGAGGGGAAGGCGCUUUCCAAGCAUGGUUACCAUCAGCCUCCAAAAGCAGUUGGGGGCCUCUGCAAUAACAGUGCCUAAAAGGCUGCGCUUCAACAAUGGAGACCCACGUACAACAUUGUCUUGGAUGGCCUUCAACAGCUCAGCCCAAGCCCUCUUGCCAGAAUAAGGGUGCAAUCCAAACUCCCACCCUUAGAGGGCAGCAAUGUAUCUGCAGUGGCAGCAGACAGUGAGGAAGGGGAGGGGGCCUGGGCUCUAAACAGACCCCGAUGGCCGCAUGAGCUUGAGUCUGGGCACAGAUCAGGUCAAAUGCUGCCACUCAACAGCAGCGAGACAGACUUGCAAUCCAGCAUAUCCCAGGCUGGAUCAGCGCCAUCCUCUCUCUACCCCAAGACCCGCCCCCCAUUUCAGGGUCUUCCUGUGGCUGCGGGGACCCUGGCCCCAUUCCAGAGCUGAGCAGAGGGACAGCUCUGCCUUAAUCGAAGCCACCCUUCAGCCAGGCAUAAGGUGGGAGUCUGCUGGAGGAGGCCCUGCCCAGCCAGUCCAGCACCCUAUUGCCACGUGGCCCACUAGAUGCCUGUGAGAAACCAGGGAGCAAAACAUGAGCCCAAGAGCAGCUCCCUCCCCUCCCCUGGUUUCCAGCAAGUGGUGUGCAGGAGCAGAGCAGAGCCAUCCUGGCUAGGGGGCCACUGAUAGCCCCCUCCUCUGUGAAUAUGACCCUGGAGGAUAGAAAGGGCAAAGCAUGCUGUACACGGCAAGGAAACCGAUGGUGAUUGCAGUACAAUUGAAUGUGGUUUAUUCUUGCACACUGUUCAAGCAGUAAUGUUUAACUUUAUGCUGUGUUCUCUUAAACAAGCAAGAAGAGCACUUUCUGGCAACAGCCAGCCACAUUGACAGUGGCAGAGCAGGGGUUUGUGUGUGUGCUUUACAUGUCCAAUAAUGAAACAACAUUUUUUGAACAUUACUUUGCCUUUGUGUCCUGCAGGAAAAUAUCAAGUCUCUUCUACAGAACCAGCAUCUUCUUCAGCUUCUGAAAGCACUUCAAAGGCAUAUUCUUUGCUAAACUGAGAAGCUUGGAAGACCUCUGGGCUCUUUCCCCUGAUGUGGCAAUAAGCAUGGAAAUAAUUGGUGAAUAAUGGAAGCAUGGACUUCGUAUAGGCUGUAAAGAACUGUGGCGUAUUAGUUUAACAAAAUAUUUCUUUGAUAUACCAUGCACUGUCUGGAAAGUUAAUUAUAAUAUCUGCUUGAUGCUAGAAGAAAUUCAGUGAUGAGGGUCCCAACGCCAUAAGAAGCUGAAUGCCGUCUUGUGCCAGAGCCCCGCUAAUCCUGCAACACAUGGUCGUGUUUUCCCCAGCCCUGUUGCAGUCAUGGGACCAGUAGAUGUGCCAGAGCAACUGGGCACUCUGACUUUCAGGGCAGAGUGAGAGAUACAGCACAGCAAAGUAGGUAUCCAGGCACCUCAAACGAGUUCCUUGCUGGAUUGUAGCAUUUCUGGGUGGGUUUGUUUUUUGUGCUUUUUGCAAUGUUUGAAGCAGGACCGCCCAAACUUUUCAUACAUAUAGGCACAUCUGGAAAAUCAGAAAAACUUGUGGGCCCUCCUACAAAAUGGUGGUUGUGAGGGCCUUGCUAGUACAAAGCACAAGUAAAUUGCUCAAGAAGCUAACACAGUUAAGUUUGAGCCAAACAAUGCAUUUGUUCUCACAAAGCACAAUAAAAUACCAACUUCACUGGAAGAAAACUGAUGUUCAGAUACGCAUGUGCAAACACGGACACACCACAGACAAAGCCUAGCAAUUUGCAUUGCAACAGCCAAUUGAAAAAUGCGAAACAUGUUCUGACUGAAAUGAAUUGGGCUGCUUUCAGCACUAAAUGGCAGGCCCAAGGGGCUGAUGUGCAUCAGGACCCUCAUAUGUGGGGCAUAAUGUGUUUUCACCUUUUGCUCCCUGUUGGAGUCUCAGUCUGGAUUGUAAUUUGCACUACCAUUAAGCCCCACCACCACCACCACCACCACACAGUGUAGAGCCCCCUGCAGUGGCAUUUUAUGGAAAAGAAAUUCCCCCUAGGCUCUGUGGCUUCCCCUCUUCCCCUCCCCAGCUCAUCCCCUCUCUCCUCACUCCCUCCGGUUUCCAAAGGGGCGCCUGGCACUGCCCAAAGGCCACAGGUGCUGGGCAGCACAGGCUUUGUCUCCUGAAGGCCGCUGGGGGGCUGCGCUUCCAGGAGCAGCCCAAGGCCGAGCAAAGCGUGGCAGGUGGAUAGGAGAAGAAGAGUUUGGAUUUGAUAUCCCGCAUUAUCACUACCCGAAGGAGUCUCAAAGCGGCACACAUUCUCCUUUCCCUUCCUCCCCCACAACAAACACGCUGUGAGGUGAGUGGGGCUGAGAGACUUCAGAGAAGUGUGACUGGUCCAAGGUCACCCAGCAGCUGCAGGUGGAGGAGCGGAGACGCGAACCCGGUUCCCCAGAUUACGAGACUACCACUCUUAACCACUACACCACACUGGCUUUGAGGCCUUGAGGGGGCGAGGGAGGGGAUUCCUGUGGCGCCCACAAGGGCCGAUGGGACACCAGGAGACAAGGCUAUACUGACCUGCACAGGAAAGAGUGAAGUUGAAUGAAGUAGGACUUCUGCUUAAGAAAGAGGACUAGGACUAUCAAGUCAGUUGUGUAAACUGCCCUCUAUAAAGCACUUUACUUUUAUAGUAGAGAACAAUUUCCAGUUAUACACCUUGCUUUACUAAAAUGAAGGGGAAAUUUCUAAUUUUUCUGUAAACAUGUAAAUAUAUAUUUAUUUAUGGUCAUACUUAAUAAAAGGGGCUUGCACCAUGUUUAAACAAA